CAACUUUUGGACGCUCCGGCAGAGUAGCGGAGCUCUCCCGGCUCCUCUCCCGGCUCCUCUCCCCCGUCAGUCCGCCUGCUGCUCCUCGGUAACCGGAUUAAACUAAUGAGCGUGAUUAAAGCGGACCAGAUCUGCAGCCCCACAUCCUCUCUGGACCGUUUAAUUCUCCUCCACCUCCGGGCUCUGCAGCUUCUCCUCCUCUCUCUCCUCACGUGAGCCGCCUCUCCUCUUCGUCUUCACUCGUUUCUCACCGGAGAAAACCGAGAAAAGUGAGCUGCUCGUGUCUCCGUGGAUUUGCUCUCCUUUGUUUGGUCGCUCGGAGGUUUUUUAAUUCCUCUCACUUUUCCUUGUCACGCUGUUGCUCUGCGGAUUUCAGACUCGUUUUUCACUUUUUAUCCUCCUCCUCCUCCUCGGAGCAGCAGCGGCAGUAAAGGAUGUUUUUUCCUGCUGUUUUCUGACCCUCUCGUCUUUCUGCACAUUUUAAAGGAAUAAAUCACAUCUCUAAAGCUUUGACUUGAACCUGGUCGGACUUUGAACCUGAGAAUCGACCCUGUUCCCGGUGUUUUCCUCAUUUCUGUCCUUUUGUUGUCUCACUCAUGUAAAUUAAAUCUCCCGGCACUCGCUGUCAACUUUGUUUUACUCACUUUGCUUCCCAAUUGCUUCUUGCUGAAUCACAUUUCCCUCAGAGACCGGAUCCAAACCUGCUGCUUCUGGCCAUUUUCCUCUUGUUGCAUUUGCUGUAAUCUCAUUUCCUGGAAAGAGUAAACCCCAGAAGUAAAAGGCUCUUCAGUUUUCCCCUCCAUCGCCUUCGUUCUGAAUCACUUUUAUUCGCAGAGAAAAGGAGAAUCGUUUCCUCUUCUGGUCUCCUGCUGUGAGUUGUUUUAUUCAUCAUCUAAAUUCACAUUUCCUCCCCUGAGAUGGAGCGCAGACUCUGAGGGGAACAUGGAUAUCUGGAGAAACCAAAGGGUUGAAGGACCGUAGUGUGCGGCACCCUGGGGAACCUUGAAGUGCCUCAGAAGUACCCCGGGGAACCUGUUGAAUCAGAAAUGAACCCUGGGAAUUUCCAUUUAAUGGCAAAUCCUGGAGGAACGUUGAAAUCCCUGCAGAGACGGACCAAAGGGAACCAGGAGGAGGCUCUGAGGAGCCGAUACAAGCGCCGUUAGGUUUCUAACUACCCUUUGAGAUCCAUGAGAAGGUUUGUGGCGGUACAGUUAAUCCAGGAGGAAUUGUAGAUUAGCCUCACCCCAAAAUCCAGACAUACUUGAGGACAAUCUGAAGUAUCUCAACGAGUUCUGAAGAACCUUUAUACCUUUGGAGACUCUUUGGGAAGUUCCCGAGGAUCCCAAAAGAACCUCAAAGAGCCUUCAGAGAAAGAAACAAACCGAUGAAAAUGAGGAAACUCUGAAGUAUCACAGAGAGCCCUGGAAGAACUUUAAGACCUUUCAGAACUCUAAAGAAGUUCUGACACUUUCUGCAGAUUUGAACAAGAAGAGCUACGAAGAAGCUCUGGACUGUCAAAGGAGACAAUCAACACCUGAAGAGGAGGCUCCAAAGAACGUCUUUGGAGCUCAAAAAAAGUUCUCAGAACUUUGGAGCGAUUCUUGUGAUACAGAGGAGAAUAUAAUAAAACUUUAUACCAAGAGUACAGAGGAGGAGAAUCAAGACCAAAGUCUUCAGAACAAAGCUGGAGGAGGUCUGAAGAAUCCCUUCCAGAGGAGUGUUUGGAUUUGGGAGCUUCUGGAAACAUCUCGCACCGGAUUGCUAUGAAUUCAUUGAGCCCAUGCUAACUGGAGAACCUCUACAUGGAUUCUGUAGAACCUCGGAGAACCCACCUUUAAAUGCAGAUGAUCACAUCAGAACUAGUAGGUUCUCAAAGACUCUUUAGAUAACUUGGUGGACCUUUUACAAACUCUGGAGAGCCAUCAGAGUUCUUCAGGUACCCUUUCUUUCACCACCGCACAGAAGCCAGAAGAACAAGAGACGUCUUUGAAACCACAAACAUCUCUUGGAGGAUCACGGUUACAUGGACCAGCAAGUCCCGCAGGGACUUUGGGGAGGUUGUUGUACGUGGGACCAGCAAGACCUUGUUUUCAGUCAUCAGGGAACGAGGCUGUAGAUCCAGGAGAGUUCCCAAAAAUCUGAAGAGUUCCUGCAGAGCCCAAAACAACUUCACAAGAGCUCUCAAAAGUCGAGCUCCGAGGAGGGGUUUCAUUGCCAGACUCAUGGACCCCCAAAGUCUAAGUAAGGGACUCAUGAGUCCAGGAAAAAUGUAGCUCCAAAGAAGUGAGUCGAGUCCUUUUGCAAAUCAGAAGAUCUGAGACUUUAGACCGAUAAAGGAAACCAACUGAAGUACUUUGAGGAACCCUACAGGGACCCUCAAGAUCCAGAAUAAAUCUGGGGUCCAAAGAGGGACCCCAAAUCUCCACAGGAAUCCUGAGAACUCCUCAGGUACCCCUUUAGAGAACCAAUGGGAACCCUGCGGGACCUGCAGUACGCCCUGCAGGAGAAGAUCGAGGAGCUGCGGCAGCGGGACACCCUGAUAGACGAGCUGGAGCUGGAGCUGGAUCAGAAGGAUGAGCUGAUCCAGAGACUGCAGAACGAGCUGGACAAGUACCGGUCCGUCCUCAGGCCUGCCACCGCCCAGCAGGUCCAGGCCCAGCAGCAGAACCUUGUCCUGCAGCCGGAUCAGCACCGCAGCAAACGGCAGGCCAUCUCCGCUGAGCCCACCGCCUGUGACAUCAGCGACCUCAGCCACGUCACGCUGCCCUUCUACCCCAAGAGCCCACAGUAAGUCCACCUCCUCAGAACCACCAGAACUUAGACCCACAUCAGUGUCUCUGGUUUGAGGUCUCAGGUCUCAUUUAUUUGAUCGAUAUUUGUAGGAAACAGGAAAAUCAUUUUAAACUAAUGAAUCAAGUUCAGGUCUGAAGGUCAGCUCUGGUUCCUCAUGAGGGGAAGUUCCUGGUCCAGGUUCAGACCACAGGAAGUUGGCGUGUUUUCGACGGCCUCAUGUGUGUUGUGGUUCUGCAGUAGUGCGGUAACGUUGUCCUCUAUUAUACCCUCUUGUUAGCACACACUGUACCCUGAGAAGUUGUGAUAUUGGAGUCUGACACACAAACACAGAUCUGUUCUCCUCUGUUCCGUCUUUUUAGCUUCACUGACGGUGGUUCAGCAGCAUCAUAACUUCGCCCUGAAGCUGAAAACAUACAGGAUCCGUACUGAGCCCUUUGUUCCGUAUUUACUCCGUAGAGCAGCGCUCUUCAUCGUACAGGAUCAGCGUAUUUGGAGUGUAGGAGUAACAACAACAGGUGGUUUUUCCUCUCUGUGGUCGAUUUCCUGAUAACUCUGAUAUAAUUCAGUGACUGUUGAUCCUCGACUGUCUGAGAAAAAGCUUGAAGUGAUUUUCCAGUUUGUGUUUUUUCAGGUUUCCUGGUGUUUAAUAAAGUAAACUCUGUUCCUUUAUACUGUUCCCUUCAGACAGAGUUAGCAGGUCAAAGUCCUGUUGGGUCCACAUGGAUCAGGGAUCGACCAUCAGAUUGUUCUGUUACUGAUAAAUCCAGAACCAGGAAGGAUUUCUUAUCUACACAGUCAGGAGUUCACAGAUGGUGUUUUAUUUUGAAAUACCGGAUGACAUGCGUGGUUUUUAUGCUUGACUUCCUGUCUGGAAUGAUCUUCUCUGUGUGGAUUGGCGUGCGUUGGAAGCGUAGAUCAGCAAAAAUCGACUCGCUGCGUAUCUUUAACAGCUGCUCUGAUGUGAUGCUGAUACUCGUCCUGUACGCUUUACUGCUGUGAUUAGAAUGGAAACCUGUUUGCUGUGAGAUACGAGACGCCGCCGCCAUUACGCUCCAGAGACACUGAUCCUGGAGGUUUUCACCUGAACUCUGCCUACAGUGAGAGUGAUCAGGUUCAGUGGUUUGGAAGAUCAGGAGGUCAUUAGUGCUGAAGAUGAUGGUGAGCUGCAUGUUCACGCUCGUGGUCUCUCUGAGAGCGUUGUUGUUGGUGGAUCAAAUCAGACACUGUCAGAUUCUUCAGAUCUACUUCGAACAAAUAUCCAACAUGACGUGGAAAUGUUCGGAUAUGUUUGAACUUUAGACACCGUCUUUGGUGAUGACCUUCCUCCGAGCUCCUGCUGUAAACAAAGGCCGUCAUACGGAGCUGCUGCCGCCUGACGUGGAAAAAAAUGGUGAGAUGAAGAGUCAGACCGCUGCUUCAGGACAUCUACCCUCAGCUCUGUCUCUGUCCUCAAUCCUUCUGUCUUCGAUGUGGAUCUGAGACACUCUUACUCUGCUCAGAUGUUUGACUUUGAUUGAUAGAAUAUCAUCCCUGUAUCCGUGUGUAGAGGUAAAGAGUCUUACUGACAGCUACCUGCACAGGUACGGCCUCGGCAAAGGGACGUGUCAACAAUGCAGCCAUGGCAACAGCAAAACAAAGGUCUGCAGUGAACCUAAUGUUGUUUUCACUUAAAGCUCAUGUGGUCGUUGUUGUUGUUCCAUGAAUCACUGAGUUAAAAAUGAUCUUUUAAAAGAUUUUAUUAUAACAACUAAACUGUAAAGUUUGAGGAUCUUCAUCCUGACUCCGUCAGACUCUCAGAGGCUGUUCUGAAAGUAAAAUCUGCUGAUUGUGGUUCUAGUAUCUGAAGGGGGUCACCUCGAUUCUCCUCGCUCGGUGUCUGAAGAGACGUCCACCGUCACGCUGAGCUCUUCAGGAAACUCGUGUGUCCUCUCGGCUGAAGUCAGAGUCUGAUUAAAAAGGCUGCCUGCUGAAGUCCAGAUUAAAACUUCCAGUUCUUAACGUCCUCCCGCUGAACAAAACGUUCCCAUCAUCCUUUGCUGCACAGGGGCAGAGAGGGGAACUAUUCAUAUCAGCGAGAGAGAAUAUUUUCAGGUUGAAUAGGAAGGCUUCGGCUGCUCUCUGCAGUCAUAUCUCUGCUGUCAGACACUUUUAUUUGUUCAGGUUUACAGCAGGAGGAGGACAGAGCUGACUUUAAGAGAAACUCUCAGAAAACACCUGGAAGACCCUCGACGACGGUUCUGUCCUCCACAGAGACACACAGACCGCUCAGGUUUGAGGGGCAGGAGGCUCAGGGUUUAUUCUUCAAUUUGGGUUUCAUGUUUCGUUGAGAUUUCAAGUUUGACCCUGAAAUUCAAAAACUGUUUGAGUCCAUAAAAUACAGUGACCAGUGGUCUGAUCAUAAAUGUGACUGGACUGUAUGACUGAAGGUAAACUAUCGUACGACGUAUUCCCCCCAAUUGUUACUGCAUCCAGAACGGCUCCAAUCCAGAUGAGAUUUUUACUAUCUGCCUAGUCCUACCUGAUCCGUUUGUGAGGUGAGGAGGCAGGAAUCAGGAGAACUCACAGAUGUUUUAUGGAGAUUCAGACUUAUUAUUGAAUCUCACAACAGGAGGGGUGAGCGAGGGAGCGUUCAGAGUCUGACCCCGAGAUUUCACCAAAACUGUAAAUCUUAUCUCUGAGACCAAAGGAAGAAGCUGCAGUUCCUCUUUUGUCCACACGAGGCUCUCUGCAAUGAUACCUAAUUACUUCCGUCCCUGUACACAGUGGGCUCUAUUUUCGUUCGCGCCGGUGAGGCGGCGGAGGGCGGCGAGCCCCGCGCAGUUGUAUUUUCGUCUGGCGGAGCCCGGCGUAAGGCGAGUUUGGUAUUUUCGUGGACUGAGUCGCACGGAGGCGAGCCGAGAUCCGCCAAGCUGGGCGUGGUGGCGUGGCAGGGGGAGGUGUCGACAGAAUCAGCUGGCGCAGUGACAUUUUCGUGCUCGCCACUGGCGUGUAACGUGCGCUGAAAGCUCGCCGAUUCAAACCUGGUCAGCUUUCAGCGCAAGGCGGAACGCAGCUGGUCUAGUAGUAUUUUGGUAGACCGGCGGCGUAUCGACAUACGUCACCGAUGCCUCACCGGCAGGUUUCCACAGUGUCAGGAACAUUUCAGUGCAAUAAAUAAUCAAUAACUAUUAAUCUGAGUCAGCACAUACAUUUAGAUCUAUAUCGAUAUAUUCUGAUCUAUAUCUGAUCUGAUGAGCGCGUUUGGACACUUAACCUGACCGAAUCAAUACAGCUGAAACCGCAUCAAAUCAAAUUAAAUAUCUAGUUAAUAAACACACAUGAUGAAGUUAACAAGAUAUGUAAUUCGUCUCCCUCCUUUUCUUUCUUCCUCUUAUUUCUCGCACAGCUCGACCUGGACACGUCUCCGUGUCCUCUGUCCGUCUUGCUUGCUGCAGCUGCUGAACAGAUGAUUUGUUUCAGUGCUCAGAUGCGUUAUCUACUUUAAGCCGACAUACGGAUAUUAUAAUAUUCAGUUUUGUGAGCCAAAUUUAUUUUAUAUGCCAACAUCUAUGAAAGAAAGAGCCAGGCCACGGAGCGCGAUGCGUCAUUUACGCACAGAUGGUUCCGAUUUUAACGCCAUUUUUUGAGUUUAUGUUGUGAUCUGUGCGCUCAACCCACCUUUGUCACGUGAGGUUUGAAUAUGUGCAACUUUAUGUGAGUGUCUUUAUUUGUGGAAAAGGGUGUUUGUCUUACCAGUGGGUCCAACAUUACGCACACUAAAUCCAUCUGUGCUCAGAUGAGAGAGUGUGGAGGACACUUGUUGAGGAGCUGCCCUCUGUCGCCAUCGUGUGGCAUAACUGUCUUCAGACAUCUCUUGAUCUCUUUGACUACUUCAUGAAAAUAGUAAUACGCCUCGCCUGUGGCGGAUUUAAAGGCGAGGAGAGGAGCUAAUGUGAUUGGUGAAAACAGGUCUCGGCUGUGUUAAACCCCCUCUCCUCCCCGUCUAUGAUUUAUGCUGCCGGGAGGAGCUGAGUUAGGGAGGGGGGAUACUUACGCCGGGCUGCGCGGCUCACCAAAAUACCAAAAUGUGCUUGGGAACGCCUUGUCAGCGCGGCGGAUCUGAUUGACUCUGCGCUUGCGGCACGUCUCCGGCGAGGCACCAAAAUAGAGCCCAGUGUGUGGGGUUGUAGUGGAGUGGACUGACCAGGGCGCUGAAGGGUCAGCUCCACCUCUGGACCUUUUCUGGGUCGAUCCGAACGUCGGAGAAGUCGUUGUUUCCAGAGCGGGUCUGACAUCUUUGGGCUUCAGAACUCCACUCCACAAACCAACAAGUGUCAUCAGUGAGACCGCUCCAGUUCUAAAAAGAGUAAGCUGAAGAAAAUACCAGAUUUCAUGAAGCACGGCUGACUCAGCAGAAUCUUUCUGGCUCCAAAUAAGACGAUCUGCUCGUCACGCCGCCCGCUUUCUUCUCCGCAGACGCCAAAAACAACAUGAUCCCAAAAUAUCAGCAUAUCUGACGACGACAGAUCCAAUAUCAUCUUUCCCUGAUGGUGACCGUUACAGCUGGAUCUAACUGAGCGUGACACCGGGACAGAAAAACCUGUUUGUUCAGAAAAACGACAGAAACAGAGAUAUUUAUUCAAUCUGAAACUUUAAUGAUCGUUUUUCCUUUUAGUCGAGAAAAACGAACAAAAUCAUGAUCAUCUCAAAUGAUUCAGAUCGCUGGUUUUACCUUUACAACCAAAUCAUUUAUUGUCUUCGUGAGAAACUAUCAAAUCUAUUUUUACCUGCAUGAUAAUAAUUAUCAGAGGAAACCCCCCGGAGCGAUCGAUUAGAGGAACUUCAAAACUUAGAGAGAGAGAGAGUGUUACUGUGCCGUCAUCACUAUAACUGAACAUCAUGUGUGUGUGUGUGUGUGUGUGUGUGUGCGUGGUAAACAUGUGCAGUGUUUGGUCUCUGUGGAGCCCGGUUCAGGUCUCUGCAUGUGUUCAGGUCUCCUCUGCUGAGAAGAAACAGAGAGAAGAGAGAGCUGACAGCUGCUGCAGCCACAGAUCUUUAUUUAUACACAACAUGAAUAUGAAAACGAGUGUGUGUGUGUGUGUGUGUGUGUGAGUGUGUGUGUGUGUGUGUGGGAGGACACCGAGCCUGAAACAUGCAGAGAUGGACGAGUGCAGGAGUGAGAGUCCUGCUCUCACAGAAACCAAAUCACAUCAGGAGAGAGACUCUCGUCAGAAAUCCUCGUUUCAAUUGUUCUUGAAGUUUUAAUUAAACACAAACGUUAAUAAUUAAAAAUGCACAAACAAGGCGGAGAAACCCUGAGGGCUGAUAAAGGAGUCCAGUUAAUAAUGAAACCAUAUCUGCAGGUUUUCAGCCAAGAUCAGAGUCACGGGACAGAAACAAGGAUCUGAUUUCAUCCUUUAACUCUUUUUAACCAACAAAGACUCAAGAUUUUACAACAACAUAAAUAUAUUAAAAAGCUGUUUGUUAAAUUUGUAUCAGUUAUCAGCAAGCUUUAGUAUGGAGAGUGAAAGCAGGAGGAACUCACCUCCAAUCUUCACCGCAUCCAGAACGGGUUUUCACCGUCCGCCAAUUCCUACCAGAUCUGUUUGUGAGGCGAAUUUCAUGGUGGAUUACAGACAGCAGGAAUCUCGAGAACUCACAAGAACCUGCAGAUUCACGUUCAAUCACACGAUAACGAGUCGUCUCUAUAAAGACAGACACAUAGACAUAUAAGCAGUAGAUAGAGGAACGGAAAGAAGUCGGUGUAAAUCGACACGUUAACUUGAAUGGUUACGAUCAGCUACGAUCGGAGGAUACGACCUUUUAGGAGACGAUCAGGAAGAAGGUGGAGGUCAGGGGGUUAGUCCUCCAUCAGGACUUCCAGCUCUCUCCAGAUUUCUGUCUACGCUUGAAGGUCAGCUAACAACCAUCUGAGACGCCGAUCUGAGGGAGGACCAGGAAACCGGAGAGAAGAUCUGAGAGACUCUCCACAGACUGAUGGAUCGGCCCACCUCCUGGUUCUGAACUCAGAGGUUCAGCCGGUUUAUCUCCAGGCCUGAAUCUCUCUUCUCCUUGAUUCUGACUCGUGGUCACGUCUGGAUCACCUGAUUGGACGUCUGGACUGAAGGUUCACUGCCAACCAUGAACUUGAACAUCCCUUCAGACGCUCGGAGCUCAGCGUUUAUCAGGUUCCUCCUUCCCAGCACAACCAGACCAGCUACAGCUAGACCAGUUCCAACCUCAGAACCUGGUCCAGGUUCAGUCCAGAUCCUUUGAGGAAGUCCUGCUCAGAGACGGUCUGUGUCCGUUAAUCUGUCUGAAACAAACACGUGUUACUGAGCAGAAAACUCAGAUUUCAGACACUUACUCAUCAUCCUCCUCAUCAUCAUCUUCAUCAUCUUCAUCAUCCUCAUCACACACAGGUCACUUUCACACCCUCAUUGGAACAUCAGCAGAGACGGAGCGUCCCUGACAACAGCUCCACUUCUUCUCAAAACAUGAAUUUGAAGUUUGGACCUACGAACCAUCGACACCCGAGUCCACCUGAAGAGGAGGAGGGAGAAUCAGACACCUGCGCCCCUCUGACGUCCAGCAGGGGGCAGUCUGACUCAUGGUCUCAGGUUUACAGUCAGGAAACUCUGGUCCAUGUAGAGUCACAGAGUCCAGAAACCUCCAUUACUCAGUCUGGGUGGGCAGAAAACAAAACCUGGACUGGACUUUUUGGGGCUCUGGAGUGAACGGUGACGACAAAGUUAACGACACAAAAAAAAGUAACAUAUCGUGAAAAUAAAAGGAUGCAAAAAAAGCCACAACAGAAGUGACCUGCUGCUGGGGACCAAUAAUGAUGACGCACCACUGUUUUACGGUGUAGGCACAGAAGACGACGAACAAAGAAGUUUGUGUAAAGGUUAUUGUGUAUUUUAACUUCGUAAACUUUUUAAUGUGUCAUUUUUUUAGACCAUGUAGCGCCUGAGUCCAUAUGAAGUUAAACUGAGUCAGCAGGAUUCUGAGUUUAGUGUGGAAGAAAACGUCUUUUAACGACAGUUUGACCUCAAUGUUUUAUUGUGGGUCAGUCUGUGUUUCCAUCCUGGUUCUGACCCGUGUGGUUCGGUUUGGUACUGUGUACUUCUGAGCUGCUGUGAUAGUUGUGUGUGUUUGUGUGUGUGUGUUUGUGUUUGUCACACACGUUUCUGUUUAUCAGUCAGUACUGAGUCUUCAGUUUUUGAUGGUGUUGAGUCUGAAUCAGUCGAGGAUGAACUGACGCUCACUGAGCUUCAGCUCCCACAGCUCCGAGUAUGAGACGUGUUUCUGUGUGUCGCAGCCAGAAAGAACAACCACUGUGUCGGUUUUAAAUCUGUGUAGUCCGCCCACACACACACACACACACACACACACAGCUCUACACAGACAGCUGAGAGGGUUUCAGUUUCCAUCCCACCACUUCUGGCUGUCGGCGUUCUGGAGUGUGUUUGAUUGUGUGUUUGCAUGUGUGUGUGUAAAACAUUAGUGUGUGUGUGUGUGUGUGUGUGUGUGUGUGUGUGUAAAACAUUAGUGUGUGUGUGUGUGUGUGUGUGUGUGUGUGUGUGUGUGUGUGUGUGUGUGUGUGUGUGUGUGUCUCAGAAACAGCAGAUGAUUUAAUGAUCAGCUGAAAUUCUUCUGUCACAGAUCUGCUAAGAGAGGACUUUUAUUUUGAAAUUAGUGACAUCCUGUCCGUCACACCGAGACGGUUUCAGGACUUUGAGCAAAGAUGGCGGAGUCAAACACACGGUCUCUUAAUCAGGAUGUUUCCAUCACGCCAUCAGAGUGUUUCCUGGACUGAUCUGUCUUUACCCCCAAACCUCCACCUUCAUCCUGAUCGUCUCCUAAAAGGUCGUAUCCUCCGAUCGUAGCUGAUCGUAAACAUUCAAAUUAACGUGUCAAUUUACACCGACUUCUUUCCAUCGGACGCCGGAGCAUGGCGGAUAAAUUCAGCACAGAUUAACCCGUGCUGGAAAGGAAGUCGGGCACAGACACAAAAUAAAACAUCCGGCUUCUUUUCAAAAUAAAACACUCCGUGUUUCAGGAGGAUCGUAUUUCACACCAUGCAAACGGGCGGAGACGAACAAGUGAAAGGUUUUUAGACGUCAUUUCACCCCGAUGACACCAUGGAUGAGGAGAUGCUGAUUCUAGAAGUCUAGAAGUAGAUUUCCUCCUCUGGAAGGACACAAUCUACUGCUUAUAUGUCUAUGUGUCUGUCUUUAGAGAGACAACUCGUUAUCGUGAGAUUGAACAUGAAUCUGCAGGUUCUUGUGAGUUUUCAUGAUUCCUGCUGUCUGUAAUUCACCUCACAAACAGAUCUGGUAGGAAUCAGCGGAUGGUGAAAAUCGCUGCAGUUCUGGAUGUGGUGGAAAUUCAGGGCAGUAAAUACAGUCUGUAGGUGGCGCUCACACCUUGAGUUAGGCUGUUUUCUGAUGUUUCUGUGGAGUGAUGUCUGUUUUUUUUCUCUUGGCGGUGAUAAUGAGCUUCACGCCGUCAGACUCCUCCCCCUAAAACAGAUCAGGAUGAGAUCUCUGUCCUCUCUUCUGUUUGUCGUCUUUUCUUCUUCUUCUUCUUCUUCUUUCCUCUUCACGUCUUCCUCUCCCUCAUCUCUCUCUUAAAUGUUUCGUCUCUUGUGUCUUUUGUUUUGUCUUCCUUUUAUUUAUCAUGACCGUCUCUUUUUGUUUUUUCACUUUUUAUUCUCCUAACAAACUGUUUUCCUUCUGUUACGUCCUCUCUCUCUCUCUCUCUCUCCCCCUCUCUCUCUCUCUUUCUCUCUCUCUCUCUCUCCCCCCCUCCCUCUCUCUCUCCCUCUCUCUCUCUCUCUCUCUCUCUCUCUCUCUCUCUCUCUCUCUCCCUCUCUCUCUCUCUCUCUCUCUCUCUCUCUCUCUCUCUCUCUCUCUCUCUCUCUCUCUCUCUCUCUCCCUCUCUCUCCCUCUCCUCCCUCUCAGUGCGUCUUCAUCGAGGUUACUUUCCUCCUGAGUCCUCUUUACAUGCAGAUAUUGAGGCCGAGCUGCAGAGUCACUCAGAUAAAGUCGCUCUCUCACAGAUUUUCCUGUCACAGGUUUCAUCAGGAGGAUAAAAUAAAACUCUGCGCUCCUCCUCCUGCGGGGGUCUUUUAUCAUCUCUGAGACAGAGGAGUCUCUUAUUAGGAUGUUUUCCUGCAGCUUUACUGCUCCAGAGGGAGACGACGCUCGAGGAAAACAAAUAUUUCAUCAGGAUUCAAUCUGUGCAGGAGUUUCACCGAAGACUCUCAGAGGUUACUGUUUCAGUGAGCUGCACUUCCUCUGACGUCCACUAGAUGUUGCUGUGAUGAUAUUCUGACCUCAGUGCGGUUACUGAAAAUGUUGACUGUAGUUCCUCUUCAGUCCACUAGAGGCUGUGCCCAGCAGUGAGUCAGUCCCCAUAGAGCUCCAUGUUAAAUUGAACAGGGAGGGAAAGGUCAGGACGGGGUCAUCCUGCUCCUACUCCAGGUCACAGUUUGGCAGGGGAAGGUCCCGCCUCCUUUGCCUCUGAUUGGCUGGAAAAGCUAGGCUCCGAUUGGUUAUUCCUAAAGGCUGUGAGACGUCAUCACACGCGGGCUGUCGGCUCUCAGAACAUUAUCGCACUUCUGAAUCUCUUCACCCGACAGACGAUGACGUCAAUCAGAGCCAAUCAGAGGAGAAGGAGGCGGGGCCUUGUCUCUCUGGGCUCAUAUUCAUGAUGAACUUUAGUGUUUCUUAGUGUCACGUUCUGGACUGUUCGGACCUCUCUCUCCGGCUCCUCUGAGCUCCCGUCUGUGACGCUCUUAGACCCAAAGUGGUUCUAUAAACUCUGGACUCACCGGGUCUUCAGAGGACCGUGGACAUGGUACCAGAUGGAUAAGCUGUUCUGGACCUUUGGACAGGUGUGAACGGGUUUCAGAGAAGAUCUGGAUCAGGUCUGUACCCCUCCUGGGAUCAGUGAAACCCUCUGAGGAGUCUCUCUGAAGUCCACAGCUGAGAGUGUUGAUGAUCUGUGGACAUCUUCAUCUUCAUCUUCAUCUUCAUCUUCAUCUUCAUCUCUGUCUCUUUUCAGUCUUAAUGAUGAAGAUGUUUUUAUGGAUCUGACAGGAAGGACCCCCCCCCACACACACACACACACACAAACACACACAGACACACACAAACACACACACACUAACACACACAGACAGACACACACAGACACACUAACACACACACACAGACAGGACUGACUCACUGCUCAGUGUCAGGCUUCAUGACGGCUCUUCAGCUGCUCUUUAUGAGGACAUGUUUGAAGGAGGAAGGAGCUCCUCUUCCUCCUCUUCCUCCUCCUCCUCCUUCCUCCUGUCUUCAUGUUUCUCCAGAUAAAGUUCUAACUCAGUCUUUAAGUCAUUAUUUAGGGAAAUGAUGACUUUUUUUUCCAUAAUUUAUUUAUUUUUUAUUCCUUAAUUUGAUUUUAUUUUCCAUAUUUUAACUAUUUUUUUCCCAUAAUUUGACUUUUUUAUUCCAUAACUUAUUGUUUUUUAAUUGCAUAUUUAGAUCAUUUUUAUUUCACAUUAGUGUCCUUCUUCAUAUUUAUUCCUUUAUGUCUUUAUUUUAAUUGUAUAUUUUUAACUUUUUAUCUGCUGAUUUAUCUGAUAAAAUAACAAAAUUAUGUCGAACAUUUUUACUUGAAUGUCAGUUUUGACUUUUUAUCUCAUAAUUGACUUUUUAUUUUAUAAUUAUGACAUUUGAUUUCAUGUUUUUGACCUUUUCACUGCUGAAAAUAACUUUGACUUAAUUGGAUCUUUAUCCCGACCUUGAUGACUUUCUAUCAUGACCAUCAUUUUGACUUUUUACUUGAGAGUUUUUUAAAACUCUGAUUAUUUAUCUAAUAAAAGUGAUAAACUGUCUCUUAAUUGAAACCUUUGUGUCUCGACUCUUUACCUCAGAAUUAUUCAGACUUUGUGUCCAACAGUUUGACUUUUGAUCCCCUCACUCUGGAUCGAAUGGAGUCUGUCGACUCUCUGACACUAAACUGACGGGGGAUGAAAACGACAGACAGACACACACAGACACACACACACACACACACACACACACACACACACACACACAGACACACACACACACACACACAGAGACACACACACAGACACACACAGACACACACACACACACACACAGACACACACAGACACACAGACACAGCAGCAGGAAAUGUUAAAGGUAUUCAUCAAAGUGAAGGUCGCUCUUCUUCAUCCUCUUCAUCCUCAGCUGCAUGAAUUCAAGACAGAGAGACAAACAGACGGAGAGCGAGAGGAGAGGAAGUGUGUGUCUGACAGUGACACACACACACACACACACACACACACACAGACAAAGUGAUUUCAUGGUUCACCUGAGGGCUAAAACUCUGAACAGUCUCUUUGUUUCUGUGUGUGUGUGUGUGUGUGUGUGUGUGUCUGUGUGUGUGUGUGUGUGUCUGUGUGUGUAGUCCAGUGUUUUCUCCUCUCCUGUUGACUGAGUUUGAGUUGACUUGUUGAUGCCAAAAUAAAACCACAGAAGAAGAAGAAAACUCACCUGAGUGAAAUCUCCUUUCCUCUACUCUUCUCGUCCACUCUCCUUGUCUCCUUUCCUCCGCUCUUCUUGUAUCCUGUCUUUGUCUCCUUUCCUUGACUUCUUUAUGCCUCCUUCUUUCCUUGUUCCUUCCUGUCUUCUUCUUCAUCUUCUUCUUCUUCCAUUAUUUGAUUCCUUGUCUCCUUGUUUUCUCUCCUCCCUCCCCCAUCCUCUCUUUUCCUCUCCUCUCCAUCCCUCCUUGUCUCCUUCCCUCAGGUCCAAGGAGAUGAUAAAGGAGGCCAUCCUGGACAAUGACUUCAUGAAGAACCUGGAGCUGUCUCAGAUCCAGGAGAUCGUGGACUGCAUGUACCCGGUGGAUUAUGGGAAGGACGCCUGCAUCAUCGAGGAGGGCGACGUCGGCUCUCUGGUCUACGUGAUGGAAGGUGAGGAGCAGCGAGGGGGGUCACAUGACCUGUCACAUGACCUGGACAGGUGCUCUGUUUGAAGUUAGCCUCUCUGAAUGAUUCUGGAGUUCAGAUGUUUCUGUUUUUAUUUCUAAGUGAUUUUAAAGAUUCAGUUAAAAGACGUUUUUUUCUUAAUAAAAACUAAAAUAUUAAAUCAGUAUUUAGAGAUGAACCUCCUUUAACAGGCAGAAACCUCCAGCAGAAGAAUCAGUCUUUAUUUAUAUCACACUUUUCAUACACGACCGUGUCGCACAAAGAGUUUUACACAGAAAAAAGGAGAAAAGAAUCAAAGAAAAAACAAAAUUACCCAAACCAACCGUUCAUUCCCUCCAUGGAAACAGAAACAGGAUUAAAAUACAUGAACUUUAAAAGAGUUUUAAUGUGCGCACUGAGGAGACGCCGUUUUAAAACUCAAGAUAAAGAAACACUGGAGGUCUUUGUAUCACACCGUACUGGACCACAUCUGAGUACAUCGAAGCUCGUCGUAUCGUAGAGAACAGCAGAGUACAGUAGAGUACAGUACAGUAGAUUACAGUAGAGUAGAGUAGAGUACAGUAGAUUACAGUGGAUUACAGUAGAGUACAGUAGCUCAGAUUACAGUAGAAUACAAUAGAGUAGAGCAGAGUAGAGUACAGUAGAGUUGAUUACAGUAGAGUUCAUUAGAAUACAGUAGAUUACAGUAGAUUACAGUGGAUUACAGUGGAUUACAGUAGAUUACAGUGGAUUACAGUAGAUUACAGUAGAGUACAGUAGAUUACAGUAGAUUACAGUGGAUUACAGUAGAUUACAGUAGAUUACAGUGGAUUACAGUAGAUUACAGUAGAUUACAGUAGAUUACAGUAGAUUACAGUGGAUUACAGUAGAGUAGAGUAGAGUACAGUAGAUUACAGUGGAUUACAGUAGAGUUCAUUAGAGUACAGUGGAGAAUUGUUGUUUAAUUAAACAGUAUUUCAGUUUAUUGUGUCAUACAUUAACAGUUUAGUAACAGACCUGACGGGGUCUGUUGUCUGUCAGGUUAAAUUAAGCGAACAGGAACACGAUAACCUGAGUCUUUACAUCAGUUUGGUUCCCGUGUUUGGCUCACGGGCGCUCUGACAGCGGCGGCGGCGGCGGCCCUCUAACCUGCAGCUGCUCAGUCAGGUCUGUGUUGGUCUCUCAGGUGUAUUUAUAGUUUGGUUUGAGGGUUAGUUUGUUAUAUAAGCAGCCUGUUUGGACAGGAGCUCCUCACACUGGAAACUCCGGUGGAUGUCGGCGUGUUUGAGCUGACGGUUUCUGUGUUUCUGCGGGAAACUCUGUAGAGGAUUAAGGAGGUUUCUGUUGUGGGUGAACUUAUCUCCACCCCUCACUGGGUUAUCGUGGCCUCUCACAGGAAAACCUGCCAACAGUCACACAGCGCUGCUGAAUUUUCAGGACACUUUUCAUCUCUUUGUGUUUUUGGACUCACAGCGGCUUGAUAACAAUCCUCCAGAUGGCCAAUCCUCCGUGUCGGUGGGUGGCAGCGAGCGGUGUGAAAAAACAGACGACAUUUAUAUCUAAGUAAAAGCUGCUGUGUAGCUCACACUCCAGCCGAAUUCAGGAGUGAGCCCUCACCAUGCGAAACAUAUCUGUGUGUCACAUUUAUUCAAAUAGGUGUCAGAUCAUCAGCCAAUUAAUGUUAAAAUGACUCAUUUUUGAAUGGAGUCUGGUGUGGGCAGACAGACGGAUCAUUUGUACCAACAAUAAGUGUGUGUGUUCGUGUGUGUUAGUGUGGGUUUGUGUGUCCAGUGCAGACUAAGUGGGUCAGACUCUGAAGUGGGCGACCAAGCUAGAGACCUGAGGGGAGAGAGAGAGUAACAAUAUGAGUCUAAACACGAACAAUAAACACUCGAAUAAAAACAGAAAAACUGCUGAAUGACGCCGCAGUCAUGUGAUCAGUCCAACCUGACAUCAUUUCAGUCUGAACACCAAUUAAAAUAAUUAUAAAUAUGAAUAAAAACUAAAAUCUGAAGGUGUUCAAACGAUUUAAAGGACGACGUUCACAAAGAAAACCAACAAAAUAUUAUUGUUUCAUAAAGAAAGAUGUAAAAGUUCUGAUAGAGGAACAAACAAUCAGGUCAAAGGUUGUCUGUGAACAUCUGUGAAGGCUUCAUUAACGCUGAACAACAUCUCCAGGUUUAGGAGAAUCAUCUGGGACUGUUAUAUUGUUAAAUGGAGUUACAGUCCAAUAUUGAAUACGUCACAGUAAGAGAGUCUCUGCAUUCAGCUAUAAUGUACUCAUUUAUAGAUCCAUGUGUUCAUUUAUUCACUUUGAGCAAAAAAACAUUAAAAAAGGUGAAAAAAAAAGGAAAAAUUUAAAUUAAAGAAGAAAAAAACUUAAAAUCUCCUUUUUCUUUAAAUCAGAUACCAAACAAACACACUGAAAACCCAAAACACAACCCAAAACACACAUAUACACGUGUGUGUGUGUGUGUGUGUGUGUGUGUGUGUGUGUGUGUGUGUGUGUGUGUGUGUGUGUGUGUGUGUUGAUGUGGAGUGGAACUGUGACUGGAUGAAGAAACAGAUGCAGUCGUUUAGUCGCCAUGAACAAGGCACACACACACACAGACACACAGACACACACACACACACACACACUCAGCUUUCUGGUGGAUGCGGUUGGCAUGACAACCUGUUGGAUGACCAUUUUUGGGAUUCAAAUGUUUUCACGGUUUAAGAAUUUGGAGUACAAAUAAAUGAAGAAGAGAUUAAAAAGAGAGAACUGAAAAUGGAGACGAAAAGAGGAGAGGAGAGGAGGGAACGAAAGAGGGAGGAAGGAUGGAAGAGAACUAAGAAGGAGUUUAGGUAGUGAAGGAAGCAAGGAAAGAAGGAGGAUAUCAGUUUUUGUGUCAGAUUUUAGAUGAUUUCAGCUAAUCAGCUAAUGGGUGUUAAAACGAGUCAUUUUUUUAAUGGGGUUUGGUGUGUGAGAGUUUAUUUACAGAGAAAACACUCAAACCUUUUCAGCCAGAGAGAAAAUCACACAGGCUUUAAUUUCCUGAAAUACUUCAGCUUCAAACACACACUAAACACACACUAAACACACACUUAAUCCACUAUACAUACAACGCACACUAAACACACACUUAAUACACACUAAACAUACAACGCACACUUAACACACACUAAACACACACCAAACACACACAGCCUAUUUUAUCAGUGUAGAGUUUAUAUAUUUGUGUUUUUUUUACUGUUUUUUUGAACCUUUUGUCUCUUUGAACCUAAAAACCACGAGAGUGAAACUCCGACGAACACACGACGAAUCUUCAGCAGAGAGGAAAUCUAAAGACAGUCGGAGUGAAACCGUCUGGAACAGGAUCCAACAGGAGAACCGGGCCGUGUUCUGGUGGGCCGGGUCAAUAAAGUGACUUCUGGUUCAGCCAUCAGAGACAGAGUCUAAUGUCGGACCUUCAGCAGUAGUUAAUAGAACAUAGCAGCACACACACACACACACACACACACACAGACACACACACACACACCUGCGCCCAGCUUGAAGCCCCCCCCCACCUCUCUCUCUCUCUCUCUCUGUCUGCGGUAGUCGUUCGCCCACUCUGUUCUGUCUCUCCGUCCACCUUCCUUUUUAAACGAUGAACACUUUUCUUGAGGUCGACCUGUCGCCGUCGUUCCGCCUCCAGAGUGUGUGUUUCAGUUUGUGAUGUUGAUCUGAGGAGUGUGUUGUUGGUGUGUUUGUUUGUUAGUGUGUUUGUUACCUGCAGCAGCAGCAGCAGCUCCUGUUUGAAGUACACACACUGAGCCGUGUCAGUCUGUGGACAUGAGCAGGUACAGAAUGUCCUCCACGUCCAAAAUCACCAUGAGUCCGCCUGAAUCAUCCCCUCCCUCCCUCCGUCCUGUUUCUGUACCGUCUUUUCACACGGGUCUGAUUUAGUUUCUAUAACUUCAUGAUGAUCUCUCAGCUCUCUGAGGUGUUUAUAAAGUCACUGAAGAGACACUGUCAGCAUGUAAAGGUGGUUCAGACCUUCAGAGGGUCAGAGUUUGUGUUAUUAUGACGGGGAUGUGAUCACUCUGACAUUUACAGUCUCCUGCUCAUCUAUCGGUUCAUCUUGAUCAAUAUUGGUCUGAAAUGUCAGAGCUGUUCCAACGUCCAAACAGCUCAGACAUCAAUAAUGAAGACACCUGUGCACACCUGAGAUCACAGAGGGAAACCGUCCUAUCAGAGCGAGGGCUUCUCAGCUCUUUUAUCAGGUUGUAAUUUUGGAUAAUUUUGAAAAAUACAAAAAACUCAAAACAGACCACACAGAUUAAAAAUGAAAUAACCUUCGUCUUCCUCAUCUAAGAGAACUUUUAUUAAAAAGUUCAGAACUUUUAUGGAUCAUAAAAAAAACAUAAAAACCUUUUAAUUCUGUAAAAUAUCCCUGAAAUGUAGAAUGAGUGAAUUAUUCUGAAUUAUUCCUCUGUGUCGUCCUCACUGAUGGAAACCGACAAUCUUUGAUAUGCAAACUCUCCCACUUCCCUCCGCGCACACACACACACACACACACACACACACACACGCACACACACAGGCCACCUGUCAUCUCACCUGCCCUUUGUUUGUGUGUGUUCAGUCUGAUCCAACCCUCAGAUAAAAUGAAAGAAAACAGAUCUGAGAGGUUUAUUCUGUCCCAAUGAGUCACGGCGCCGCAUUAAACACAUUUGUUCAUAUCACAAACACACACAACGACACACACACACACACACACACACACAAAGACACACAGUAUUGAUCAUCAGAGAUCAAUCACAAGCAGCUGAAACUUGAGCUGAAGUGUCGGACUUGUUAAAACAGUUUUUCUGUCCUCAUCUGUGAAUGAACCUGAAAAAACCGAGUCUUUAUCGUGACUUCAUUAUCGUGAAGUUUUACUGAAAAGACCCAGAGUGAGAGUGUGACCGUGAGACACACUCUAACAGACAAGAACUGGAGACAAACUCACAAAACACACAAACUACGAAAUGUAAAAACUAAAGAGAGAGACGUAAAAACAGAACAAACAGAGCAGGUCUGUGCUCAAAGAGGAGAACGCUGAGACCUCUGUGGACCCAGCAGACCCGGUUCUAGAGACCUCUGUAAUAAUAAUUUUUAUAAUAAUAAUAAUAAUAAUAAUAAUAAUUUUUAUAAUAAUAAUGAUAAUAAUAAUAUUAAUAAUAACAACAACAACAACAAUAAUAAUAAUAAUAAUAAUAAUAAUAAUAUUUUUUAUAAUAAUAAUAAUAAUAAUGAUAAUAAUAAUAAUAUUAAUAAUAAUAAUAACAACAACAACAAUAAUAAUAAUAAUUCUUAAUAAUAAUAAUUUUAAUUAUAAUAAUGAUAAUAAUAUUAAUAAUAAUAACAACAACAACAAUAAUAAUAAUAAUGAUAAUAAUUCUUAUAAUAAUAAUAAUAAUAAUAAUUCUUAUAAUAAUAAUAAUAAUUAUUAUUAUUAUAAGAAUUAUUAUUAUUAUUAUUAUUAUUAUUAUUAUUAUUAUAAGAAUUAUUAUAAUAUUAUUAUUAUUAUUAUUAUAAGAAUUAUUAUUAUUAUUAUUAUUAUUAUAAGAAUUAUUAUUAUUAUAAGAAGUAUAACAUGAAUAAAUAGUCAGUAUCAUCAUGUCUGCAGAUAAAAACUACAGAGCAGCUGUUCAGGUCAUUUUCAGCAGUUCUUCUCUUCUGAUGGCAUGUAUUUACCUAUUUUGCUGCUCUCUCUCUCUUUCUCUCUCUCUCUCUCUCUCUCUCUCUCUCUCUUUCUCUCCCCCCCCUCAGAGGGGAAGGUGGAGGUCACUAAAGAGGGGAUGAAGUUGUGCACGAUGGGACCUGGUAAAGUGUUCGGGGAGCUGGCCAUCCUCUACAACUGCACCAGGACCGCUACUGUGAGGAGUGAGUGCAAACACACACACACACACACACACACACACACACACACACACACACACACACACACACACACACACACACCCUCCAGAGCUGCAGAGAAAUCCUGAACAUGGUCUCAGGUUUCAGCUCCUGCAGGACCUCCAGAGGAUCUGAUGUCUCCCUCAGAGCUGUGUGUGUGUGAAUACAUGAAUACAUGAAUACAUGAAUAUUAAACACAUCAGGUGUGUUCACAGAGCUGCGUGCACGUACAAAUAUCUAUGCAUGUGUGUGUGUACGUGCGUAUUUGCUCUAAUCAGGGUACAGAUACAGACAUCAGAUGGAAAAAUAAAUCGUGACUCUCUCAGCGUGUGUGUACAGCAUGCAGGUGUCGCCAUGGCAACAGCACACACACAUCAAUGUAUGUGUAUGUGCGGCGAUGUCAGACCUCAGACCUCUGCAGAAGUUCACAUGUUGAAGGUUUAAUGAACGGAUGAGGCCGCCGACACCACCACCACCACCUGUCACAUCUAAACACAUGAACUCCACCCUCAGCAGGAGGCCGGAGGUCCGAACAACUUCAGGGACAACCAGAACCGGACCCUCGGAGCAGAACUUUUCAGGGUUCACUUGGAGCUCUUCAUGCAACAUUAAUCUCUGAAACCAUCUGAAACCAUCUCAACUGUGCAGAAAGAGGAGAAUGACUUCCUCCGGCUCAUCCGUCUCCUCCUUCCAACAUGCAGCUGCACGACUCCAGAGGUCGAGUUCGGAGAAAAAGACGAAGUAUCGUGAUUUUUAGGGUCAGUAACGCCGAAGUCAGGACGAGAAAACAGAGCAGCAGGAGCAGCAGGAGCAUAGAUUUCAGCUCACGUCAUCAUCAGGAUCUUUAAUCGAGAUCUCAGAGGUGGAAAUGAAGCAGAAAAAAAAGGAGAUGUGGAGACAGACAGAUGACUUUAGAGGAAGUGGUCAUGGAUCAGCUGACAGCAGAUUUAAGUCUGAGGACCGAACCGCCGACCCUCCUGCUCUCUGAAAACCUGAUCUUUGAGAAGCUUUAAGAAAGUUUCUGCUCAAAGAAUUAAAAAAACUUUUACAGAAAACUGUCAGAGGGGUUUUUAUGAUAGUGACCUCUAGUGGUCCGGAGAGUAAUGACUGAAUAUUGAAUCAUCACAGAAUCAAAAGACUCUCCGUGUUUUUCUCCGAAACUCUGAAGUUUUUCUUAAUGAAGAGGAAGAAAGAAAGAAAGAGGAAGAAAGAAAGAAAAUCCAAAAAAAGGACCUGAAGAGAGGAAAAGCUGAAGGAAUAAAGAGAGUAAAGUGAAGUACUGAAGGAAAAUAAAAAAGAAAUAAAACGAAAAAUACAAAAUAAAGAAAGGAAAAAACAAAUGAGAGAAAGAAAGAAAGAGAAGAAGCAAAAUAGGAAAAGAAAGAGAGUGACCAAAAGAGGAAAGCAAAAAAGAAAAUUAAAAAACAAAAAAAGAACUUAACUUUAUUUUCUAUAACACUUUACAAACAACAGAGUUGAUCUAAAGAGUUUCACAACAACACAGAGGAAAAACAAACAGACGACGGAGAAGAAGAAGAGCAGACUGAGUGACACUAAUAAUAAAAACGAUAUAAAAAUGUUGUUUUCAACACCAUCACUGUCAUCAUCAUUCAUGAUAAUCAUAAUAAAAAACAAUAAUAACAACAAUGAUAAUGACGACACAGAUCUACAGACCGACAGAGCUCAAAAGAAAGGAGACAGAUAAAUCAAAACAAAAACAAGCAAAAGGAAGGAAAAAGAUUGUUGUUUAGAAUAAAGUAAUAAAAAUAAAAGUAAAUAAAAAUGAAAGGAAUAAAUAAUAAUUUAAAAAAUUAAUAAGAAGUGAAAAAAUCAAAAAAUCAAAACAAAUUCAGAGUUUAAAAGUGAACAGAGAAAAGAAAAAGGAGAAAGAAAAAAAGAGCAGAAGAAAAGAAAGAGAAGAGAAAGAGAAAGAUAAAAAAGAGGAUAAGAAACAAAAAAUGAUAAAAAAUAGAUGAGAUACAAAAGAAAGUCAAGAAAGAAAAAGAAAAAAAUACAGAAAAACAGCGAAAAAGAAAAGAAGGCAGACAAAGAAAAAGAAGACAAAAGGCAAAGACAGAAAAUCAUGAAAGAGAGAAGAAGAAAGAAAAGAAAGAAAGAAAGAGGGAGAGAGAGAGAGAGAGAAAGAAGAGAGAGAGAAAGAAUCUUCUGACACUGUUUCACAGACAUUCCUCUAACCUGAGGACAGGUGCUCUGUAGACAGCUGGUUACCGUGGUUACACUCAGCUACCUGAGUGUCUACAGCGUGUGUGUGUGUGUGUGUUUCAGCUGUUUCCUUGGCGAUGUUCCUUCAGUUUUAAUGAGCAAAAGUCCAAAAAGUUCUGGAGUUCAACACAGAAACUCAGCGGGAGGUUAGAAAUGUUGGAGCUGUUUUUAUGUCGAGGUUAAAGAAUUUAAAAAGAGUUUUAAAAAUGUUUUAAAAAUGUUUUAAAGGAAACAAAGAGGGACGAGGAACCAGGAGUUAAACAACGAGAGGAUCAAACAGCUGCAGAGAGGAGACGUUAGUGAAAAAUCCAAAAUACUCCACAGUCCUGGAGAGUCUCAGUUCCUCUCAGAUCUUCACUCUGGUUUCUUCAACAUUAUUAAACCUGAACCUGAAGCUGAUGUUCCUGUGAUGUUCCUGUGAUGUUCCUGUGAUGUUCCUGUGAUGUUCCUGUGAUGUUCCUGUGAUGUUCCUGUGAUGUUCCUGUGAUGUUCCUGUGAUGUUCUCCUCAUUAACGGAUCUUCAGUUUGCUGAAAUUAAAACAUCAUGAUUCAGAUUAGUCUAAAGACCGAGGUCCGGCUCUGUCAGGUCUGAAAGGUCCCCUUAGUGGGUCUGACUCUUAUCCCUCCAGACCUGUGAGUUCAGAUCAGGUCUGGGCGAUUUGGCAAAGAAAAAAAAAAGAUCACGAUAUAUUUCGGCGUAUCGUCCGAUCUCGAUUAUUGUCACGAUUUUUUUUUAACUGCCUGUUUUAAAGUAUCUGAACUAAAAACUAAAGAAACUUGAGAUGAGUUCAAGAUUUUAUUAACAUACACUCACCGGCCACUUUAUUAGGUACACCAUGCUAGUAACGGGUUGGACCCCCUUUUGCCUUCAGAACUGCCUCAAUUCUUCGUGGCAUAGAUUCAACAAGGUGCUGGAAGCAUUCCUCAGAGAGCUUGGUCCAUAUUGACAUGAUGGCAUCACACAGUUGCCGCAGAUUUGUCGGCUGCACAUCCAUGAUGCGAAUCUCCGGUUCCACCACAUCCCAAAGAUGCUCUAUUGGAUUGAAAUCUGGUGACUGUGGAGGCCAUUUGAGUACAGUGAACUCAUUGUCAUGUUCAAGAAACCAGUCUGAGAUGAUUCCAGCUUUAUGACAUGGCGCAUUAUCCUGCUGAAAGUAGCCAUCAGAAGUUGGGUACAUUGUGGUCAUAAAGGGAUGGACAUGGUCAGCAACAAUACUCAGGUAGGCUGUGGCGUUGCAACGAUGCUCAAUUGGUACCAAGGGGCCCAAAGAGUGCCAAGAAAAUAUUCCCCACACCAUGACACCACCACCACCAGCCUGAACCGUUGAUACAAGGCAGGAUGGAUCCAUGCUUUCAUUUUGUUGACGCCAAAUUCUGACCCUACCAUCUGAAUGUCGCAGCAGAAAUCGAGACUCAUCAGACCAGGCAACGUUUUUCCAAUCUUCUAUUGUCCAAUUUCGAUGAGCUUGUGCAAAUUGUAGCCUCAGUUUCCUGUUCUUAGCUGAAAGGAGUGGCACCUGGUGUGGUCUUCUGCUGCUGUAGCCCAUCUGCCUCAAAGUUCGACGUACUGUGCAUUCAGAGAUGCUCUUCUGCCUACCUUGGUUGUAACGGGUGGUUAUUUGAGUCACUGUUGCCUUUCUAUCAGCUCGAACCAGUCUGGCCAUUCUCCUCUGACCUCUGGCAUCAACAAGGCAUUUCCGCCCACAGAACUGCCGCUCACUGGAUAUUUUUUCUUUUUCGGACCAUUCUCUGUAAACCCUAGAGAUGGUUGUGCGUGAAAAUCCCAGUAGAUCAGCAGUUUCUGAAAUACUCAGACCAGCCCUUCUGGCACCAACAACCAUGCCACGUUCAAAGUCACUCAAAUCACCUUUCUUCCCCAUACUGAUGCUCGGUUUGAACUGCAGGAGAUUGUCUUGACCAUGUCUACAUGCCUAAAUGCACUAAGUUGCCGCCAUGUGAUUGGCUGAUUAGAAAUUAAGUGUUAACGAGCAGUUGGACAGGUGUACCUAAUAAAGUGGUCGGUGAGUGUAUAAAGUAAAUAAAGAAAAUAAAAUAAGAUCAACUUAGAAAAAUAUUUAAAAAAACAUUUUAACUCAAAAGUAAAACAAAUAUAGAUAAAAACUAAAUAAAACAGUGAACGAGUUUACAGUCCUGAGUGUUUCUGCAGGUAUAAAAGACACAAAUAAACAAAAUAAAGACGCCUUAAAAUGUAAACAUUAGAUAAUAUAAACGUAGAAGAUAUGAUUGGUUGUCAGCAGAGACAGGCUGUACAGACUACGCCCACAUUUUCAUGCUUUUUUGGGGGAAAAACUUCUUUAAACUUCUUUAAAUAAUUUAACAGAUCUGUUGUGUUGUCGAUGUUUGAGGGCCGACAUACUUCACACAUCGGCUUCAUUACUCAACUUUGGAGAAACCUGAACCGCCGCAACACAACCAACGAUCAAUAACCUUUCUCCUGAUCAACUGUAUCUUCAGAGGAAGACUCAAAGUCAUGGCGGACAGCUAUUUUUCUGCCCUCAGCUCCGUGUUUACCUCCGUGUUAGGUCAUUCUGUUUAUUUCUCCAGUAACUGAUAGAAGUGAGCAGGAAACGCUCGACUCUGAUUGGCUGUUUUCACGCACAUUCCCACCAUCUUUGUAACCACCAGUAAGUAAGCUCACAGCUGAUCAUGGUGAUCGAACUGAAGUUUAUCACGAUCAUCGAUGGUUCAGAUUCUGGGUGUUUUGGAUCAGGCUGUAAACUCGGAGGUGUUUGUUUCGCUCACAAACUUCUCUUCACAGAUAAACAGAAAGUAAAUCGGAGAAGUCGAGCAGCUGGACUUUCUCCUCUCUCCUCCUCCUCGGCAGAAACUCCGAACAUUAACCCUUUGUUGUCUGACAGCUGGAGGGAGCUGAUGUGAGUUUGUGAGACGAGGAGGUUGUCGACAGGAGGAGUGGGAGUUCUGCCGUCUGAACCCAUAAAACAUCAGCCCAACUCUGACAGCUGUGUGUGUGUGUGUGUGUGUGUGUGUGUGUGUGUGUGUGGACCUCCAACUUUUUUGUCAGUGCUUCCUGGUGAGUGCUCACUAAGCAGCAGUUGCCAGGCAACACCAUCCGGUUCAGCCAAUGAGCUAAGUUUUGGCAUCGGCGUCUCUUGGCAACAGCGCGGGGUUCGAGGGGAUUCGUUUUCCGUUUGCUGAAGCUUUUCGCUCGUUAUCUUCAUAUUAACACACGAGCUCCAGCUGGAGUUUAUCGGCUCUCGCAGAUUUAACUUUAUGCUUCUUCUCCACAUCAGCGCGGAGCGGUCAGCGUCAGAAUUAAAACCCGUUUAGAGAAGAAACUGAAAACAGUCGGAGUCAUCUUCAGUGAACAGACACAGACAGCAGCUCAGAGGAGGUUCGGAGUUUCUGAGAUGAUUCAAACCCCCAAAGAGUCUGCUCUGGGUUCAUGAAUCGACUUUUAUUCCAGACGAUAAAAUGAUCCGACCUGAUAGAGACGGAUUUAACAGCUGCGCUUUAAAAACCUCAGAGAAACACGGCAGCUAUCAGACCCAUGAAUUAUUGAUAAACACAGGAGAGGUCUGAAGAAGAAGAAGAAGAAGAAAGUGGAGUUUAGCUCUUGGAGGUGAAGAAAGAUCUCCCUCUGAUGGAUCCAUGACUCACUCUCAGAGGAAGAGUUCAGUCAGAGGAGCUUCUCUCCGAGGUUCCUCCUCUCAGAAGGUCCACCUUUGUUCACCAUGUUGUGUCAUAUAAAGGAAGUCCACCAGGGGGCGCUCCAGCUCUGCAGCUUUCAAGGGUUAGCAGAGCUGCGUCCAUAAACACGCUCAGUCAUGUAGGAGAGGACUUUAGAUCAGACUAAACACAACUCACCUACUCUCUUCCAGCAGACGCUUGUUUGUAGAGAGACCUCAGGUCAGUCCAUUACAGACUACAGCGGGGUGACGCAGCUCAAGGAAGAACAUUUAUGAUAAUUUCUUUAUCAUUUCCUUGAAGUAAUAAUCACCAUAUUGAUCAUUUUACAGACGCUGUAGUUCUUCUGUCUUAGCGUCUCGGUCUGAUUGUAUUUCCAUGAAGAAAUGAUCAUAAAUGUUCUUCCUUGAGCUGCGGCACCCCGCUGUAGUCUGUAAUGGACUGGUCUGAGGUCUCUCUACAAACAAGCGUCUGCUGGAAGAGAGUAGGUGAGUUGUGUUUAGUCUCUUUGCUAAAGAAAUGAGUCAAAGUUAAAAAGAUGUUUGGUGUCUAGUACUAUGUCUGUGACCCUGUAUGUCCUGUUGAUGAAGUUAGGUGCUGUUCUGAGCAUUAGAACGUUUGGUUGAGGUUACCAGAAGAUGAGUUUCUACCAUCCAAACAGAUGGAGAUGUGGUCCUCCUAAAGCUGUGUCUGACUGGAGAAGAAGUUUAAUGUUUGUGGUUCUGGGUUCAAACUGUUGCUGCGUGGUAAUAACCAAUCAGAAUCCAGUAUUAAUCACAGCCUCGGGGUUUGGUAUGUUAGAGAAGAGCUGAUGAUGAAAGUCUGUGAGGACCUCCUGACCUUUGACCUUCACUAAUCACUCAUGAAGUCAUUUACAAGCAUGUAUGAUAAUCUUCACACACACACACAUCAGACUCUUCUCAGCCGUUAAUGUUUGCUGCUGUGGAGUGUCUCCUGUUGUUACCGUGGUUACACAGACACUUGGCAUCUCCGUAGCAACAGACAGCAGGUCAUAAAGCGGCGAAAACAAGAAAUCAUAAAAAUAUGACCGAAGAGAUGAAGCAGACUCAGAGGACUGACUGACUGACUGACUGACUGCAGAGGUGUGGCGGCGCUCUGACAGGUACACGGAGGUUAAACCACGAGUCCGCCGCAGACUGAGACCGCCGUCGUCUCCCUGAUUCAUGUGUUCAUCAAAGAAAAACACGACUAACUGACAAACGUUUGUUUCAUCCAGAGAAACAUCUGAAGUGAUCUCACUGUGACAAAGAAACUCUCAUUGGUCGAUACAGCUGUCAAUCACGUCUCUAACUGGUUCAAACUAAAACCAGUUUUUACAUUAAUCUUUGUGUGUGUGUGUGUGUGUGUGUGUGUGUGUGUGUGUGUGUGUGUGUGUGUGUGUGUGUGUGUGUGUGUGUGUGUGUGUGUCUCAGCUCUGGUGCAGGUGAAGCUGUGGGCCAUCGACCGUCAGUGUUACCAGACCAUCAUGAUGAGAACCGGACUCAUCAAACACGCCGAGUACAUGGACUUCCUGAAGAGGUGAGAGGUCACUCACCUGUACAUCCUCACCUGCAGGUUUACCCCCAAAUCUCCACCUUCAUCCUGAUCGUCUCCUAAAAGGUCGUAUCCUCCGAUCGUAGCUGAUCGUAACCAUUCAAGUUAACGUGUCAAUUUACACCGACUUCUUUCCGUUCCUCUGCCGAUCAAAAUCAAAAUCGAACAACUGGACGGUAAAGUGAGGGAAUAAAUCAGCUGAACAGUCAGACCUUUGAGAACAAAAGCAGCUCGAGAACAAGCUGAACCUCAGGACUGACCUCUGUCCGUCUGUCUGUCUGUCCCUCUGUCUGUCUGUCUGUCCGUCUGUCUGCAGUGUCCCCACCUUCCAGGAGCUUCCUGAGGAGACUCUCAAUAAACUGGCCGACGUCAUGGAGGAGGUGAGUCUGGAUCACAAACACCUGAGGUCGCCGUCAGGUGGUCCCUGUGGUCUGUUUUGGACCUCUCAGCUCUCCGUAGUUCAGCUGCUGACAGUAGAAAACGCCAACUCUGCACUUUUUCAUGAUUUUCUUUUCGUUCUUUCAGAUUUACGGAAAAAAAAAAAUUCACUUCUCAAACUUUUUCUACAUUUUAAUGAAAAAUUGUUGUUUUUGUGAAAACAGUCGUUCAAAUUAACAAAGAAUGGAAAUAUAAAAAGGUUGGAUUUUGAACACAGUCCAGCAAACAUUAGAGCCCCCACUUUGUCCACAGGGGGCGCUAAAAUGACCCCAUAGAAAAGUCCUCACAGGAGCUUUAAAGUUGAUUAAAACUCCUCCUCCUCCUCCUCUUCCUCCUCCUCCUCCUCUGUGUUCAGACUCAUUAUGGAGACGGCGAGUACAUCAUCAGGCAGGGAGCUCGAGGAGACACCUUCUUCAUCAUCAGUAAAGGAAAGGUGACUCGGACUCUCCUCUUUAACCCUUUACUCUCCUCUGAUUUAUUUAUUGAUCUCUAAAUCGAUCCGCUGACUCCUCCUGACAGGUGAACGUGACCCAGGGAGAUUCAGCCAAUGAGGAGCCGACACACCUCAGGGAGCUGACCAGGGGGGACUGGUUUGGAGAGCGAGCACUACAGGGGUAAGAUCACGUGACCUUUGACCUCGAGACCUGUACUCUAAUACACCUGAACCUUUAAUACCUUCAGUGGUCACGGGUUUUUAUUGAACUUUUGGAAAAACAAGAUUAAAUCUUGUUUUUAUCACGUGCAAAAACAUGAUCAAUAUUUGUGUUUUGUGUAAUUUUAGUAUGAUGUUUAUUUUUUCCUGCAAAACAAAAUGAUUCAACCUUCUCACCGUCAGAAAUCACCCCAGAGAAAAACCAGGGCUGCAGAUACGUUUGUUUAAAGGACUUUCUUUUUUAAAAACAUUUUUUAUUUCACAGAAAUACAAGAAACAAAAAAUAUGUUUUUUUUUUUUUUUUAAACCACAUAAUUUCCUCCCCUCCCCAUUAUUCCCCAGAGGUACGGAACAGGAAGAAAAUAAAAGAAUUAUAUAUAUAUAUGUAAACAGUACAGAACGAGACAAGCACAUUAAAGAGGAACAAAAAAAGGAAAAUAAGUUAAUAAAUAAAUAAAUAAUUUAAUUUAAAAAAAAGUCAGCAACAAUGAUGUCAAUAAACUCUAUCCAAAUGUGUAAACAUAUGUAUUCACACUAACGGACUUUCUAACAUGGAGCUUUAAGGGGAGGGACUCAGUUUGAGACACAGCCUCUGGUGGUCACUUGAGGAACUGCAGUUUUUAGACUCUAUUGUGGUAUUUGAUGUUGACACUCGGUUCUUGGCUGAUCAUUCGUACUGAGGAUCUUGUUUCAGUCUGGAUCCUGCAGACUGCGGUUCACUCUGUCUCAUUAAAGUCUCUCCUUGAACUCGGAGGUUUUCAGACGACAGUGAGCGUGAUCGUGUUGCUUCUUCAGAUUCUGUUCGUGUUCGUAUUCUUCAUACAUUAUCACCCUUACAGCAGCUUUGUGCAUGCUAUAGUAAUCCUGCCAAUUAGCAGCUCUGUUCCGUAUCCACACAUCACUUCAUGUCAUGUCGUACCACCUCUAAGAUAUUCCACGUAGAGACCUCGGGAGAGAAUGAGGAUGAAUUUUUCAUGGAGUAUCGGCUGGAGAGGAACGUGGCACACAUGCACACGCCGAAAACAUGUGAUCCAACAUGCUUUCAAAGAAGCAUGACACCGAUGAGUGUUGAGGGGUGAAACUGGAGGAGGGUUCGACUCUGCAGAGGCGGGAAUCAAUAUGGAGUCCCCACAUGAAUACUUAGACAAACGUGUGUGUGUGAGAGCAGCGCUGUUUCUGUUCAAUUAUUUGAUUUAAAUUAAUUUUGUUUGUACCCAGAUGAUGUUCGUGUGUGUUUCUUCCCUUUUUCUGUCAGUGUAAUCAUGAGAUUACAGCCGCACACACACACACACACACACACACACACACACACUCUGUCAGUGUUUCUGGUUUGAGUCUCUGUUGGUUUUCUAACCUCCUGUCGGCAUCAUCACAGCUGCUGCUAAUUGGUUAAAGUGUGUUUCACUGUUUCCUCGGGGGAGCGCUAUUUACACAUCCAUGUGUGUGUGUGUGUGUGUGUGUGUGUGUGUGUGUGCUGUUCUUCUACCUCUGUGAGGACCAGAGUUAAACCCAGAUAGACGGGGCACCUGGAAGACGGGGAGCUGUUUCUCAGUUUCGGGGUAUUUUUUGAGUCCUCUUUGAAAACUUUUUUUAAAAAUAUGAUAAAAUUUUGACAUUUGAAAACAACUUUUACUAAAUUUAGAGAAACGGUUCAACGAUCGGAGCGACCAAAAGUGAUUACCGGAUAAGAACGGUUUCAUCUACAACGGACACAUGAAAUUCAUCUGUUUUUAAGAGAUGAGCGGGCGAUGUUUUAGAGCUCUGAAUAAUCAGAGUUUUUAACUCCGUUCUGAAAUUUUAUGAUUAAGGAUGUAGAAUUGGGUCAGGACGCUAGGAACACGUCUGUACCAAUAAUCAGCUGAUACAAUGUCGUCCCUAUCAAUUCAACCACACAAAGGGUUAACAGACAGUCUCUGCUAGAAGUCCCGCCUCUAACCUAAAUACCAGUCUUCGAUUGGCUGUCCCCACUGUCACUACAUCUGCCUGUAAAAGUUACCUGCUGGUUUGACCGGACAGUAAAUGUUAUCUGCAACCGUGAAGUCGAAGUUGUCCACAUGUUCGUCAUAUUGUGUCUGGGUCACGUCAGCUUUAACGGAUUUUAAUAUCAACAGUGUCAUUUACGUUUGUGUUUGUGUCGGUUUGUGUGUGUGUGUGUGUGUGUGUGUGUGUGUGUGUGCGUGAAAACGUGAUAUAAGAGAUUUUCUUUAAGAGUCAAAGUGUUUGUAACUUAGAGGGUAAAGCCUACUGAAGAGAAUCAACAAUAGAGAUAUUGAAUAAAAGACUUACUUUAAUGCUGAAGAGAUAAACUUUUUAAAGUUAUUUUUGAUUAAUUAUUAAUUUCAUGUACUUGUGUGGAAGAGAGAAACUGUAUAAAAACACAAAGAAGAAGAUUUGGGGAGAAAAUACAAUAAAAUCUCAGAUUCUAGAUAAGAUGAUUGUGUGAUUUUAUACAUCCAUAUUUUAGUGGGAAUAAAUUAAAUGUAAUAAUUGUGUGAAAGUAAAAGCCUCAGAAAAUGACUUUACCAUCAAACUACAUGAUUAUAAACAUUAUAAACAAUUUUCUGACUAUGAUUGUUUGCUUGUGUCUCUACAAAUGUUAAAAUCAAACCUACUCCCUCGAUUAUCUUAAUAGUGAGUUUUUCAUUGUUUUGGUAACCCUCGUGGACAUUUGUGAAAUCAUGCUAAACAAAGACUGUGUUUCUUCUUUACAUGAAAUGUCACACAGACAUAAAAAAGUGUUUUUUUUUAGUUAUUUACCUGCAGAAAUAGUUGCUGUUAAACGUUCAGGUCCUAUUAAAAGUGAGGAGAUGUAGGAAAAGUGAAAGUGAAAUAAAGUGAAAUCAUUAUUUUUUACAUUUAUCAGAUUUAGGACAUUUUGAAUACGACAACGUCAUUAUAAUUCAAGGACAUUUUUAAUGAUUAUUCUUCAUCAGAGUUGUGUCCCCGUGUCGAGGGUCAUUGAAGAAAAACAACGUCCCCACAUCACCCCAUAAAUUAGUCUGUGUGUGUGUGUGAUGAGCCUGUGUGAGCUUUAAUCGUGAAUCUGUGUUUGUGCCUCAUUUACAGAGAGGACGUGAGAACAGCCAACGUCGUCGCUGUCGAUGCCGUCACCUGCCUGGUCAUCGACCGAGAGUAAGACACACACACACACACACACACACACACACACACACACAUUAUAUCAAAAACCUCAGAGAGUCCUCGAGUUGAUGACUUUUAUGGACCUGCAGAGAAUAAAGCUGCUGCUGUCUGCUGCCCUCUGCUGGUUGUUAUAUGUAACUACAUGUAAAAACUUGAAGACAGUCGACUUAAUUUUAUUUUAUUUUCCUAAAUUCUUUUUAACCACAAACAGAAACUUUAGAUUUUUAUGAAUUUGGCUAAUCUGGUUUUCUGAGACUGAAGCUCGAUUUAAAACUUCAGUCAUAAUCUCCUCAGAGGUAGACAGACGUAGUUGGGUCACUUCAUAUUGAUUUAUUAUACACUGAUUUAUCUACACUAAAUAUAUAUAUAUAUAUGCAAAAUUCAAUACUGUUACCUGAUAGGCUGCUGUGCUCCCCCUCCCCAGCUCGUUCAAGCAUCUGAUUGGUGGACUGGACGAUGUUUCUAAUAAAGGAUAUGAAGACGCUGAGCUGAAGGCCAAGUAGGUUUAUCACUCACACACACUCACACUAAUGAAGUAUGAUUAUUAGGUCAAGUUUCUGAAGUCGAAUAUUAAACAGAAAUAAAAUCAGAAAAAGUCUCAAAUCUGAAACUUGGUCUGAAUCAUUUUAACCUUUUUUCAAGUUCAGGGUUUCAGUUUUCGUCUGACUUCAGCGGGUUGAUAUUUUUAUGAGAUCCAGAGUCUAAAUCAUGUGACUUCAUGGUCCGUGUCUCAGCUGCAGGUUAUAAAUACAGUGAAAAAUGUGUGUGUGUGUGUGUGUGUUAUUACAAACGCUCAUCCUCCUCCUGGCCUCAGUGUUGUUCCUCUGACAGGUGAGCAGCAGGUGUUUUCAUCGGUUACAGGAUCCUCCACUUAUGUAAGAAAAGCAUUCAGGGGCCGACACAGUGAAGGACGGCGGCGGGUCCGGUCAGGUGGUCUCUGUCCUUCACACAGGACAGAGUAGAAGGAGAUAAUAAAUCAGCGGUGACACACAGAAAACAUGAGAUUAAUCUGCGGUUAUUUUCAGUCAGCACAUGAGGCGUGUUUACAGGAGCAGGAAUAGAGAGCAGCACCAGGUUUAUUUUUAAAAUAACAGCCACUGACGGUAAAGUUAGUCCCGCUGAGAUCCAACAGUCUGCUCUUCUCGUUAGAGUCCACCGCGAGUAAAUAAAGACACUCGAUCCGCCCCCACAGACCGCCACCUGGGCCACAAGCGCCGAUCAUCAAAGACAUUAAAGAUGAGGAACCGUUGACCGGCGUCAGAGACUUUAAAACCUAAAUCAUCCUGUAGAAACAUCAGAUUAAACCGAAGAGAGCGGGUCUACAGAGGAACCAGAACAGGAAAAGUUCCUCCUAAUGAACUCAGAAUGUUCUUCUUCAUGAAUCCGUCUGAGGGGUUAAAGUCCAGGUUUGUCCUGGUCUACAGACAGGGGGUCUAUCAGGAACUAUCAGGGUCUAUCAGGGUCUAUCAGGAACUAUCAGGAACUAUCAGGAACUAUCAGGAACUAUCAGGGUCACUUAUAUUUUUAAAGGAACAAUCUGAAGACAGUAAAAAAACGUCACGUUAGCUUUAAAGAUGAAAUGCUGGCAGGUUUAGGAGAAGCAGACAGAGGUGUCUGUUCUACUCUAAUGUACUUAAUCUAGACCCACUGUUUUUAGAUGGGCCAUAACACACACACACACACACACACACACACACACACACACACACUCCGUCUGGUGUAUUCAUAGAUGUUGGGUCUCUGUCAGUUGUUACUGAGACUGAGUGAAGUCAUCUCCUGUUAUGGUACAGAUUCCAUACAACACACACACACACACACACACACACUCGGUGUUCUGCUGUUUCCAUGGUAACAGUACACAGUAAACGCUGGGUUGUGUAGGACUUGAAUUAAUCAUGUAUCAGCGGUUGUAAGUGAUCAAACAGACUCUUUAUCUUUAAUUGGUGAUGGUCGACACUUUGACCACGAGAGUAUCAGACUUAUCAGCCGACACAGGAGCUUUUUGUCCUGUAAGGCCACCAUCCCUUCACUGACAGCAGGGGUGAGUAAGGGAGAAUCAGAAUAUUCCCCAAAACUCUCAGACUGUCCCUUUAAAUGAGAGAGUGAGUUAAGUUCUCUCUCUCUCUCUCUCUGUCUCUCUCUCUUUGUCUUAUAUAAUAUUCAGACGUGAAACUGACCCUGAGGACUGUGACUCUGUUUCUUAUUCAGUGUUGAGCUGAAGGACACUCAGCAGGAUUCAUGUUGGAGGAUUUGAACCUCGCUCUGAUCUCUCUUUACUCUUAAUCUCUUCUUCACUUUAACAAACUAUUUUUAGAGUGUUUAUGAGUCGAUUUGUCCCGACACCCAUCCACAGCUUCUCCUGUUUCUGAAGCUGAGUCCAGCAGGCAAAUACCAGGAAAUAGACCCGUCCCUGUUUGGACCACACUCACACACACAGAAAUAUUGAUCCUUGAUGCAGACGCUUGUUAUUGCUGAUUUUUUAUUAUUAUGAAGUAAAUAAUCGAUCAGUUUUGACAGAUUUCCUCCUGAAAGUCUCGGACCGAUAAAAGCUCAGAACUGUCCUGGUCCUGAUGGUCCAGACCUGCUGUUACAGACCAGUAUUCAAAACUAGAUUCAACUUUUAACAUAUAAAAGGGUAAAAGAAGUAAAAAACCUCUAAGGUGGGAGUUAAGAGAAAGACUAAGAACAGAGAAAAUUAAUAAGAUUACAUUAAAGAAACAUUAAGAACUUUGAUUAAAAUGAACAUUUGCGAUAAAAGAAAUAUGAAAAGUCUGUUAGAGAAAAGGUCCGUUGGAAUAAAAGGACCCAGUCAGACGUGACCUUGGCCUUUCUAAGCGGUUUGUAUUACAGUGAAUGUGGAUCUGGAUAUAAUCCAGCUGCUGGGCUGUCAAACUAGAUUUAGUUUUAUCUCUGAGAUCCUCCAGCAGACCCCAGACCGUCCUGAUGACUCUGCAGAUUUUUAAUAAAGUCUUUUAAACAUGAACCUUAAAAAAGACGCUCAGGCUCCGCCCCCAAACUCCUACAGGUGUGGUACAGAUAUCCUGACAGGUAUCCUGAACUUCUUUUUUUCACAAUUUAUUCAUGAAUUUUUUUUCAUAAACAGUUUAAAACUUCAAUAACAACAAUAGAGCAUUCAUACCCACCCCCUCCCUGAACAAACUCCAUCAGCCAACUCUUACCUACAUCCCUAAUAAUAAUAAUAUAAUAAUAAUAAUAAUAAUAAUAAUAAUAAUAAUAAUAAUAAUAAUAAUAAUAUAUAAAAAACAUAAACGUAAAUAAAUAAAAUGAUAAAAUAAUCAUUUAUAAUAAUAAUAACAAUAAUAAUAAUAAUAUAAUAAUAAUAAUAAUAAUAAUAAUAAUAAUAAUAAUAAUAACAAUAAUAAUCAUAAUCAUAAUAAUUUAUAAAAGAAAAUAUAAAUGUAAAUAAAUAAAAAUGAUAAAAUAAAUCAUUAAUAAUAAUAAAAACAAUAAUAAAAUUAUUACAGCAAAAUAAAUGCAGCAAAGGUGGAGACAUUGACAAUAGAAAAGCACAGCUACUCCUGCAGAUGUUCUCCAACCAACGACCUCCACCGCACCACUGACAGUACUCUGAUCUAGUUAUCUGUGAGAAGUUAUUCAGAUAUACUUUAAAGUCAUUCCAGCAUUUGUCAAAAACAUGGAGUUUCUUUUUCAUAUUGAGCAUCAGUUUUUCAGAGGACAUGUAUGAUGAAACUUCCUUAAACCACAUUGAGGCAGUAGGUGGGUUUUAGCCUAAUAAAACGUGUUUUCCUCAUCUUAUCAGUUUGUAGGACAGACAGAUCACCGAGUAAAAUCAAUCUUGGUGAGUGAGGAAUCUCAGUCUCUGUGAUGUCCUUUAAUACAUCCAGGAUCUGAUCCAAAACUGUUUCAAAUCUGUCCCAAAACAUUUGGAUAAGACUUCUUGUUGAAACCUUACACCUCAGACAAAGUUCAGAGAUAGUCCUGGUGUGAGAUAGACUCUAUGAAUAAGAUGAACCUGCAGACGCCGAUGACCACUAUUAUAGGAGAAGUUACUACACAGCACUGUCAAACCACAGUCUUUAAAGGUGGAACAGAGAUCUUGUUCCCAUCCAGCCCUAGAUUUCAGAGUCUGAUUUUCCAGAAGGUCCAGUAUUCUGCUGUAUGUCAGGGACACCGAACCCUUUGGAUUAUCAGUUAAAACAGAUUCUAGAGGGGUUGGGUGAACACACUGUGAACUUCUAAUAAAUCUGGAGACCCCGGUUUGUGUCUUCUGGUUUUGAGGUCGGGACAGUUUGUCCUGCAGGCCGUCCGUCUCUUUAAUGACUGGGUUGGGUUUACUGGGUGAACCUCCCAGUUAUGUUUCCACCUGCUAAAAAUAAAACCAGCAGCAGCGGAGGAGGCGGCGUCCUGCCAUGCGGGUCGUCCUCUCAGGAUUGGUGUUACCCCUGCAGCAGGACUCAGAUCCCGACCCUGUUUUGACAGAAAGAUCGGACCUCUCAGACGCUCUCCUCACUCAUAACUUCGGUCUGAGCGUGCUCAGUUGGAAGCUCUCCAAAGAGGACGCCUGCAGACCCGACUUUAGGUUCGAGUAUUUCCUAAAACCUUCAAAGACGACGAGGAGAUCCAGUUUUUUUCUACUUGGCAUAAUGCUGUCCGGUUCUGGAUUCUGACAGGACCCUGCUCCCAUCAGAACUGGUCCCGAUCUUGACUUUGCCACAUACUGAGCUGGAGGAUCUGGCAGCUCACCCGUACCACUGGUCCCCUCAGACCAGAACCUUGGACCGGUACUCCUACCAUCAACAGUACCCUCACCAUGUGAACUGGGACUGGAGCUCCUCCUUUGAGACGGUUCUCUUACGGACUUUGUGCCGAACGUUCUCCUGAGACCCAGAACCGGUCUGGGUUUUAUGUCGAUAAGUUUGUUUGUUUUGGGUUCUGGACUCAAAGGGAGGAGGACCAUGUAAGAACUGUCCCCCCACAGUCAUCUCUGUUUCCAUCGGUCUUCACUGAAUCCCAGAGGAGGUUUUCGGUCUCUGAACCGACGUCUCGGUGAAGCUGAGAUCAGGCACAGGAGUUUUUUCUGCGAUUUGAGUCCGAGGACACCGACCCGGUUUGGACAUGAGAGAGCUGCUUUCUGUCCCAGCGAUCCGGCAGCAGAGGGAGCGGAUCACCAGCCUCCCUGCUCCUCUCUCCUCCUCCUCCUCCUCCUCCUCCCCCUUCCCCAUCACCUCCUUCUCCAUCCAAACCUCCAAGAAGUUCCCGUUCUUCCACGUGGUCAAAUGCUGCAAGUACGGGUCCGGUUCAACCUUCAGAAAGUUAGUCUGGAUCAGAGCGUUCUGCUGGUCCGUCUCCAGGUCAUCCUUCUUUAUCUCCAGUGUUCAGUGAAUCCAUCUCUGUUUGGUUCCUCAGGUACGAGGCCGAGAACGCCUUCUUCUCCAGUCUGAAGCUGACGGACUUCAACAUCAUCGACACACUGGGAGUCGGAGGAUUCGGACGUGUGGAGCUGGUAGGACGAGUUUUUACUUUAACACUGAGGAGGAGGAGGAGAUCAGGGUUCAGGAUUUACAGCUGGGUUAAAAAAAAGAGGAUUGGUUCCCUCUGUAGACCAGGACCAGUUUCAGAGAAGGUUCUGAGGAGUUUGAGAUGCUGAAGGUUAACAUCAGGUUUUUAAGGGUCAAACCCACCGUAACACCGAGUUAGACCCCCCCCUCCAGAGAUGAAUGUUGCCGACCGCUUUCUUCUCUAGUUAUACCAACAAGCAGAGAGACUAAACACAACUCACCUACUCUCUUCCAGCAGACGCUUGUUUGUAGAGAGACCUCAGGCCAGUCCAUUACAGACUACAGCGGGGUGCCGCAGCUCAAGGAAGAACAUUUAUGAUCAUUUCUUCAUGGAAAUACAAUCAGACCGAGACGCUAAGACAGAAGAACUACCGCGUCUGUAAAAUGAUUAAUAUGGUGAUUAUUACUUGAAAUGAUCAUAAAUGUUCUUCCUUGAGCUGCAGCACCCCGCAACAUUCAUCUCUUGACGGGGGGGGGUCUAACUCGGUGUAACGGUGUGUUUGACCCUAACUUAAUUUUACGCCGGAGUAUCCCUUUAAGACUGUGCCGAGGUCAGACUGUUACGGCGGUCGCUGGAUCCUAAAUCUGUGCUCUGACCUCACCGACAGAUCUGGACCAGACCCACAUUCAGGUCUAACGGCACUCACUAAAGUACAGUUCUCUGGUUCCUGUCCAUGACUCUGAGACUCAACAUGAGAAAACUGGACUGAGCCGGUCUCAUGGUUCGGUCCAGUUCUCUGAUGUUUGCUGGGCGUCCAGAAUCUGACUGAAGGUGAACUCCAGAUCUUACUGGAGGAACCGGAUCUUUGAAAAAUUCAGUUUUGUGUUUAAGAAACUUGAUUUGGUCCCAGGUGUGUGUGUGUGUGUGUGUGUGUGUGUGUGUGUGCGUGUGUGUGUGUGUGUGUGUGUGUGUGUGUGCGCUCAGCUAUUUGCAGUAACUUUCCAGUAAAGUAUCGGUGCUGGUAACUGGAGACCAGUCCUCAUGUGAUUCUGGGCUCUCUCUGAUAUCUGCAGAGAAACAGUUCGAGGUCAAACUCUAAUCUGUCUCUCUGAUCGUCCUUUUUCACGUCCUCGUCUUCGUCGUCUUAUUAAACGGCGGCGCCUUGAUGAGUUUCUUGGUUUUAAUAAUCGUCUCAGGUCAUCUGAGCUCCUCCACAAACAGAUGAUUGUGGUUUUAUUGCGUUUCUUUGAUUAAAUUUAUCCCAGCUGAGAGGAGAGAGGACUGAGGUGGGGGAAAGCAGAGGGGGGUACUAACGGGUGGUGCACUGCAGCCUCAGGUGUCGAGUUUCUUUGCCGCAGGGGGCGGAGCUUGAGGGUGCUGGAGGUUAGAGGGGAAGCCCUCCAUGGGUUUGCCCAAAAACAGGAAGGAAUCCCCGCUCAGGGUCUCCCAUCAUGCCUUGGGAGAUAUUUUUAGUGGAUACGUCAGAGUGUAACUGUGCUCUGAGGAAAACAGUGACCUCUGACCUCCAGACUGCCGGUCUGACCCUGAGCAGAACCCCGGUUUUCCACUCGACACAGGACUGCUCUUAUUUUUGUCCCACAGCGUGUGCAGUGAGUGUGGUAACCAGUCUGGAGUGUGUUGGAUGUCUGCAGUCAGAUCAGUGUGGGGGGGUCGGGGUCCGCUCUGCAAAAACAACAUGAGGGACUCUGAGUCCACUCCAGAGUCCUGUCUGUUUUUAACGCCCUGAAGACCAGGACCAUCCAGUCUUGGUUUUGGUUCUGGUCCCCCUUAAUUACUGAGAUUUAUCCAGAUCCUCAUAUAUAAGAAAUUUCCACAAUUAUUAUUAUUAUUAUUAUUAUUAUUAUUAUUAUUAUUAUUAUCAUUAUUAUUAUUAUUACUAUUAUUGUUAUUAUUAUUAUUAUUAUUAUUAUUAUUAUUAUUAUUAUUAUUAUUAUUAUUAUUAUUAUUAUUACCAUUAUUCAUAUUAUUAUUGUUUUUAUCAUUAUUUUUUAUCAAUUUUUAUCUUAAUUAUUAUUAUUAUUAUUAUUAGUAUUAUUAUUAUUAGUAUUAUUAUUAUUAUUACCAUUAUUCAUAUUAUUAUUGUUUUUAUCAUUAUUUUUUAUCCAUUUUUAUCUAAAUUAUUAUUAUUAUUAUUAUUAUUAUUAUUAUUAUUAUUGUUUUUAUCAUUAUUUUUUAUCAAUUUUUAUCUAAAUUAUUAUUAUUAUUAUUAUUAUCUUCAUCAUUAUAAAAUUUUUUAAUAUUAUUAGUAUUAUCACUAGUAGUAGCAGUAGUAUUUUUAUCAUUAUUAUUAUUAUUAAUAUUAUCAUUAUUUAAGGUUUUUUGAAAAGUGUCCGAUCAUUCACUAUGAGUUGGACUCUGAGCCUCUGAUCGGAUCGGUCUUGUCUGUUAGAAACAUGAAGAAUAUUCUGGAUCUGCGUUUAGGUGCAGCUAAAGAGCGAGGAGGCGAAGACGUUCGCCAUGAAGAUCCUGAAGAAGCGUCACAUCGUCGAUACGAGACAACAGGAACACAUCCGCUCAGAGAAACACAUCAUGACUGAGGCUCACUCCGACUUCAUCGUCAGGUCAGUGAGACGAUCACAGAUCACGGCUCUGUUGUUGUAGAUGAUGUGGAUCAUGUUGGUAAUGAGUUGGCUGAUGUGUUCAGGUUGUAUCGGACGUUUAAAGACAGUAAGUACCUGUACAUGCUGAUGGAGUCCUGUCUGGGAGGAGAGCUGUGGACCAUACUGAGAGACAGGUACACAUCCACACCUCUUUAAAUCAUUUUUAAAGGUUUUAGUCAUCGUUCUUCUUUUAGAUCAGACUUUACCCUGCUGAGAUAAGAGAUCAGGGUUUCUGUGACGUUAUUUUAAUAAAGAUACUCAGACUCUAAGAUCCCGUCAGUAUCUGACUGUUUCUGAAACGUUUCAGGGGUUCAUUUGAAGAUUCCACCACCAGGUUUUACACAGCCUGUGUGGUCGAGGCCUUCGCCUACCUGCACGCCAAAGGCAUCAUUUACAGAGACCUGAAACCUGAGAACCUCAUCCUGGACAGCCGGGGAUACGCCAAGCUGGUAACUGAAUAUUUCCACAUACUUUUAUAUUCAAAUUCACGAUGCUGCUGAACUGACGAUGGAUCAUAAUUCCAUUCAGAGUGAACGUUCAGACAUUUGUACGAUUGUCUUUCUCAGGUGGACUUUGGUUUCGCCAAGAAGAUCGGCGUCUGCAAGAAGACGUGGACUUUCUGUGGUACGCCAGAGUACGUCGCUCCAGAGAUCAUCCUAAACAAAGGUCAUGACGUCUCUGCUGAUUACUGGUCUCUAGGGAUCCUGAUGUACGAGCUGCUGACGGGCAGGUGAGGACUCGAGUUGAGGACGGACUGCAGGAUCAUGUCGGGUCAUCCUGACGUUUGUUACUGAACUGUCUUUGUGUCCACAGUCCGCCAUUUUCAGGUCCAGAUCCAAUGAAAACCUACAACGUCAUCCUGAGAGGCAUCGACAUGAUCGAGUUUCCAAAGAAGAUCACCAAGAACGCUGCUAAUCUUAUCAAGAAGCUCUGCAGGUAGGGGGCGCUCUGGUCCUUAGCUACUGAGUUCAACUCCUGAACCACAACCUAAUUAACAAAAACCUGUUCCCAUGUUCAGAGAUAACCCGUCAGAGAGACUCGGAAACCUGAAGAACGGCGUCAAAGACAUCCAGAAACACAAGUGAGUGACGUGAGAGGCAGGAGCUGGCUCCUGAUUGGUUGAUUCAGACGAGUAUCAGUUCUCAGAGUUUGUUAAACGUAACAAAACUGAUCUGUCUCUUUUCAGAUGGUUUGAAGGAUUUAACUGGGAGGGUUUGAGAAAAGGAACUCUGACUCCGCCCAUCACACCUGACGUAAGUAUUAGACCAGUCCUGUGGCCAGAAAUACUUCGUAAAAACCGCGGUGCUCGUCAUCCAUAACGUGUUCUUGUGUCGGAAUGCCAAGAAAACAUUUGGAAUAAACUGUGUGGUUGAAUGAGUUAUUAUUCCAGGUUCUUUUUUUUCGACCAUGUGGAAUAUUUUCCAGCGUUGACUCGGCGUUGAGCUCGUCCUAAAAGAGUUCGGCUCAGUCAGCUGUUGAAGGUGUUUGACUCGGUUUCCCUCUGUCCAGGUUUCCUCUCCGACCGACACGAGUAACUUUGACAGUUUCCCUGAAGACACAGACGAGCCGCCGCCAGACGACAACUCUGGAUGGGACUUUGACUUCUAGACCAGUUCUCAUCCAAACCUAGAAGGUCCCACCCCACAGUGGACCGACUCACCGGGCUGAACAAAGAGGAUCUUCAUGUGAUCCUUGGAGGACGUUUACUGAAACUUUACCUGAGGUGUUUCCGAGCAUGGUGGAUGAUGUGGGGAUCAGACCCCUGUUGCUCUGUAGCCGGUUUUGGCCCAGAGAGAUUUGAGUCCUGACCCAGUAGAGGGAGCCCUGCUCUUGAUCAAACCGAUCUCGUCUGUGGUUCCCCAUGACUGGAGCCAGCUUGAUCUGCUUGAGAGCUUAGAAAUGAAGUGGUUACCAGGACAAGACAGCUUACCUGUCCGCAUCAACAGUUCAGCCGCAGGUGUAAAACCAGGGCUGCCCGCCUGUUCCGGGGGGUACCGCCGUUUUCUUGACUCGUACCACCUGGAAUGGCCUCUGACGUCAGACAUCCUGUGCAUGGCUGAAUCUGAACUUGUUUUAUUCCCUUUCUGCUGCUGCUGUGAUCCACCAUUAGAGCCACAACAGCCUGAGGCGAGCGGAUCUGAAAGGGUCAAGGGUCACGGUAUCACAAAGCUGUAUCUGCACCAAAAGUUCAGCAGAUGUUUGAUCCUCUUCGUAGGUUUUCAAGGUCUCUCUUCAAGAUUCAGUGCUGCGAGCAGUCCCCUUUCCUUCAGAAUGUACUUUACCACGGAGCAGGAACCUUUGGGGGUUCAAUCCCAGAACAACCAAGUAUUUUCUGAAGUUCCUGGACAAAGUGCCUGGGGGGGAAACUUGGCCAAAGUUCUUCCCUCUGAAAGUGGAUUUAUAAAUCGUACAAGUGGGGCUCAGAACUUUGAAGUGUUCCCAUCGCUGUGAUGCUAACGCGGUUCAUACUUUUCAGCAUGUUUGUUUACAAAGUCGAGGCAGGUACUUUUCCAGUUGAAAUAAGACUGACAGAGUUCAUGUUUCUAAAUGCUGAAAAAGGCCUUACAUGGUCCCUGAAACCAUUGCCUAAAGCCGAAAACAUCCAGGAUCCGUAUUGAGCUUGUUGAUGUCAAACAGGAUCAGCGUAUUUGGAGCGUGCGAAUGAUCGUCUCUGUGUGGACUGACGUGCAUUGGAAACGUAGAGCAGCAAAAAUAGACUCGCCGCGUAUCUUUAGCAGAGCUGCUCUCGAUACGAUGCUGCGACGCUGCUGAUACACGCUCAAUAUACAUCCUGUAUGUUUUAGCCUUAACAGAAUCAGACACCAGAGCCCUGUUUUUUUCUGCAGCCAAUCAGAAGCCUCUCUUUCUGUCAAGUGCCCUUGGUCACUGUUUGGUUUUUUGACCUUCUCCCCUCAGAGGGACGUCUUACAUCUUAACACCCACGGCUUGUCCGGUGGCAUUUGCUGUUUAUGUCCAAUGGUCUUAAGGUGGCGAGAAAAACCUGGAGCUUUUCCAGCUUCUGAGUCCAGGUUCGGUUGUUGGAGUCUGGGCUGGAGGAGAUGAGGUAUCCAGAAGUAGAAUCCCUGAUAUGAGUAGCAAACUAAAAUCAUCGUAGAAAUCUCGAGGUCACCAUGAUGCCUUCACUUGUCACUGCCCCUCUGGGAAACUUCAUAUCCAAGGACUGAAGGACAGAAAGGUUUAGUUUGUAGCAGCUGUGGUCCUCCUCUCUGGAUGACGAAGGGUUAAACCAACAUUUCUACUUUCAAACUUUCUUCUCUAUCUUUCCUUUUGUUGUGAAUCUUUGGAUCAAAGCAUGAGAAAAACUAUUUUGUACAUAUUUCCAAGACUUCCCACACUCUUCAGCACACACCCACGAGCGCUCCAUUUUCAGACACAUGCUCGACCCUGUUAGAUUUUCUGAACACAGUUAUUUUCUUGUCUUGUUUUUUUUUCACUGAUUGAGUUUAAAGGAUUGUUCUUAUUUUUUUUACGGCUCCUGAUUAACGUUGUGUUUUAAAACCCAAACUUCUGACAAACAGUCCACAUCUCUGAGACCUUGUCUGCACAAAACGGAGCGACAUGUUUGGGACUUGGUACAAAGUUUUGGUGAGAUUUUCAGAGUAGCAGCCACUGAGAGCUGGCAGACUUUUAGCCAAACUUGGGCCAGAUUUGAAACUCUCUGUUUCAUCCACAAUUUCUAAAUUAACACUUUGGUCUUUGUCAAAUGUCUGUCCGCCAUUUUUUCUGUACUACAUCUGAGGCAGAGUGCAAAGAAUGAUGGGAACGCUUGGAAAGAUGGUUUCUGUAGUUUUCCUUUUUUCCUCUGCUCUGAAACAACGCGGCUGAAACAAAGCCUUUUGUUUCAUACCUCCACAGGUAAACCAUGAUAUCAAGACACUUUUGCAGUCACUACUGGACUAUGAGGUGUUAUUUUCAAAAGUUUCUGUUUCCAUGAAAAUGAACGGCCAAAAUGUGACGAUGUUUCACAGUUUUUUACUGAAGUAGACCUGGUCUGGGUUUGUCUUUGUUUGGAGUUCAGCUCCUUUAAAGGUGGUGUAGUCAGGAUCUGAGUUAGUUCCAGUUUUUAGGAGAAAUCUACACAGAUUUCUACAGAACGCGCUACAACACGCUACAGCAGGUCCGUUUGACAAGAAACACUUCUGUUACAGACACUUGUCUUACUUUGUUAAAGCGGUUUACCUGUCCAGCAGAAAGGUUACAGGGUCACCAAGAUCCCCAAGCGUCCCCCAUGGUUUAUGUUGACCCGGCUUUUAAGCUCUUGUCCGGUCUACCUCCGUUUUAAGCGCCCGUUAUUCCUCCAGAGUCUCCGGUAUUUACUUUGUUUUCUUGCUUGUGUCAGCAGUCGUGGCCAAAGGAGGAUUCAGACAAUUUUCCGAACUUUCUGGUUGGUUUCUACUGUCCGAUAUUGUAGCACGCUAACUUUGUUUGGGCUCCUGAACGACACGGGGGAGCAGCGUCUGCCUCAACUAUUGACUGAUAUUAAAAGAUUUUUUGUAAAUACACAAAAAAAGAUGCUUCUUUAGCAGAUUCCUGACUACUCCACCUUUAAGACUGUUCACUGUAAACAUGGAGGAGGUUACUACGCUGUUUACGACAACCGGUGCAAAAAAGUAACAGAUCAAGUACAUUUGCAUUUUCAACCACACUGAAGAGAAAAAUACUCCUCCAGACUCCAAAAAUAUCCCUGCUCUCACAUUCAUACAGGAACACAGAGUGGACACUCAGAGAUGUGGACCUGAAAAAGCACAUGCAGUCGAAUCUUCCGGAUAAAAAGGUUUUUCGUUGAAACGUGAUGAAUGUUUGUUUUGUAUUUCUAUUUCGUGGCCUUUUGUAAAAGCAGCUGAUGGUCGUCGUAUGGUACGAAGACUUUGUUAAAGUGCUCUGAAUAUAUUGUGAUAUUUUUGUAAACUGACCGGCGAUGUGACUUCUGUGAGCUCUGCAUGAAAAUACUGAAAAUGACGUGUUCAGUUUUCAUUUAGUGAAGUUAAAAAAAUCACAAACAGGCUAAAGAUGAAAAAUCUGGUUUCAUUUCAGAGAAAAGUAAAAAUAUGCCUGAGUGAUUUUAGUGUUCACCUGUAGACAGUAAAAACUACAAGAAUAAGGGAGUUUUUAAAAAAGAGUUUGGACCAGACGGAGGAUUAUUUAUGUUCAUACUGAUGAUAUUUUGUGGUUAUGAGUUUGUGUGAUGAAGCUUGAGUGUCGCUGGUUUAUCUGUAUAUACGAGGAAUAUUAAAAUGUUUCUGCUCUUUGUGGAUUUUAAUAUUAUUAUUAUGAUUAUUUUCAUCAUUCUAAAUAUUAUCACCGUGGUUUUCAUGGUAGCUAAUGAAUCGUUCUGUUUUUUUCUCUGUCAGUUCAAAAAAGCUUUAUGGGCAUGACUGUUACAAAAAACAAAAUCAUUUUGCCAAAGCUGGUUGAUCUGCUCGAAAAUUAAAAGUUGUGAAAAAACUCA